AUGGUAUGUGUUCCCUCCUUAUUCUUAUUUUUCACGCUUAACUCGCCCUUAAAAUAAGUGAAAUACAUAUAGGUUGUUGUAUCACAUGUGAACGGCGAGUCUUAUCAUUAGCAGUCACUGUUUGGUUUUUCUAUUUUUAAGACAUUUCUUGUGAUCCUGCCUAACCUCUUAAAGGUCAUCAAUGCCCCUGAUAAGUAUUUGUCACUUUAAAUACUUUAAGGGCAAGCAGAACCAUUCUGUUUUUAACGCGCUUAACUGCUUGCAAUGGCUAUUGGUAUGUUUUUAAUUCAAUGGCCACCCCCUUGUCUUUGUUUUAUCGUUUGUUUGUUGUACCAGAGCGUACUUUAGAGUUCGGUGACCUAUCGUGAUUUUGAUAAAGCUAUCAGAAAAAAAAAUCGACCGUAGACGUGUGGUUGUACGUCUAAUUUUCCCCACACCUUAACUCCUGUGUUUACGGUAGUUACCGAGAGUGAUUCCUCUCAUAAUCGAGCCUUUGGUUUCGAGACGUGGCGAGGUGGGUAUCUGUUUUCUUUGCUGUGGUGGUUUGUGAUCUCAUCCUAAUUGACGCAUACCUAAUCCGCAAUGCCUGUACUUAGUACGACUGUGAACACAUGGACCAUAAUACCCCUCUGUGCGUAACUAUUGCCGUCAAGUCGGGGGAGUUCGAAGCACUGUCCUCCAUUGACUAAGACCAUCGUCUUCAUUAUCUCGGUUAGCCUUAUCGUGUCAUCUGUCCACCUGACCUCUUCGUUAUCUCCAGAACGGUAAGAGCAUUGUAUUUAGCGAAUUGUGUCGGACGCAUUGGACAGGCGACAAAGAACCCAUGAAACAACCUCAGGCGUGUUGUCUGAAUAGCCUGGAUUACCCUGCAGAGGUUGUCGCAGAACAAUGUCUCAUUCAAGACGAUGUCUGUAUUCCUAGCUUAGGCGGCUGUUCCCAGAUGAAUUUAGAAUAUGUUCUCUGAUCUUAACUCACGCAGCUCGGCAUUCACAGCCAUAGACAAGGACUUUCUCGGUUUUUACCGGGUGCACCGGAAUCUCCACAGUCGUAGUGAUUUCACGAUGAGUCCACAGGUAUAUUGUAGGAUGUCGCCUAACACUUACUUUUAUUGAGUCUCAACAACUUUUUUACCUUGUCGCGUAUCAUCAAAUUUUAGGUACCGUCGUGCUUAAAGAUUUGAGCGGGGUAAACUUGCAGUUUGCGAUUGCAUGAAGAUUUCUCCCCGGCUUCUCCACUGUAGCACCUUUCUUUCUUCUGGGUGGACAGUCAUCUUGGCCAGGUGUUUUCCACCGAAUAGCAUGCAAAAAUUGGACUUUAAGUGUCGUCCCUGGACUUAACUUAGCCAGUCUUUAAUCAAUCUAUACGGCGCAUCAGACAGCAAACUUAGUUUAGUACUUUUGUGGUCUCAACUUUGGGCAGGGCGGAUUGGCUCUGCGUUGUCGAGCUUCAUGUUUCUUCAGACUACGAUUCUGAGCUAAUUGAAUUACGACUUUGUGGGUUUGUAUUCUUUAAAAAAAUCGCGCAUUUACAGUUUUCAUCUGACAGUCACAAGGUUCUAGGAUGACCUCAAAGAUAGUGAGCGUCAGGCAUAAUUUUGGCGCCUCUGGUCCAACAUAGUCGUAGCUUAAAUUGUAUGUCACAAAAUGGUUGUAUUUAAUUGGCAUGUAGUCAACCUUUGCGUUUAAGUGGCGUAUCUUUCGUGCACAGUCCUGGUCCUUGGAUGACUACAGUCUACACGAUACUGAUUGCAGACGCUGCAAAAUGAUAUUUUUCUUUAUGACCGCGUCCGUAGCGAAUGGUUCAGCUCGGUUCGUGUCGCAAGUUCUAUGGUUCUUUUUUUGAUGACCCUGUUCAGUCUUUUGUCUCGUUACUGUCAAAACUGCACCCGGUGUUGACUUCUAGCGCGUCCACCCUUUCCUGUCGCUCAACCUACGUCAGUCGUCAGACCACCGGGUUUCGCCUAUACUGCGUCCUGUUCAAUUUUAUUAUUGGACGGCUACGGGGCGUAGCAAGUCUUCUGAAUUGGCGAGUGGAGUUCAUUUAACAAGCUACCAUCCAGACGGACUGCUUUCACCUUUUAAAGAUGUGAACAGUGGAACAUGUUUCGUAGAGUAAAGAGUCAAUGCCAUCCGGCUGUAAAUAUCUGUGCUCGCAGGCAAUCGCAUGCACCUCUACAAAGUUAUUGCUCUAACGGAACCUUCAUUUCCUCCCACCUCAGUCAUGUAACUGAUUUUGUGACGAUUUUACAAAUGAUCAAGAACGUCUGUCUCUGGUUUGUCCGAUGCUUCAUUUAAUUUUGGACUCGGCUGUUUUGCAGGCUGUUCGACUUAAAAGAACAGAAAUUGCUCUUUGACUCGAGAGAUUUGCCACCAGUCUCGUAGCACAAAAGUCAGGGAAGUCAUUUCUUUUUUCAGAAGUCGAGAUUGACACCCAUUUCGGCUCCCUUAGAAUUCAUCAGCUGCAUCAGUAGAUUUGUUCACCCACUUGUUUGCUAGGUCUGGUUUCGUCUGGACUUGUGUUUUUUUAUCUCCCACCUGUGAAGCCCCAAGUUUCGUCUACAAAAUGUCUUCCAAACGUUAUGCAUGAUUUCUGCCAAAGUUUGAGUUCUGUUGCCGAUAGACGUCUUAUAUCCCAUAUGAUGCUGUCGCAUUUAGUCUUCGGUAACCUCGUUGAAGAUCUCCAAUAAUUGCAAGUAUUGUCUACUUUUCCCACUAUAGUCGAGCGAAUAUCGGAAGGUAGAGCGUUAGAGAUCCGUCGGAGAAGUCGUCAGAAACGCCAUUCUCUGGACAUGCAUUCAGCUGCAGAAGUGCCGGUUCCUUCCACCCCUUGUAUCCGUUCCCAUGAACUGUCCUUUUUCGAAAGGCCUAACGGCAAGGGCUUGGCUGUACCUUCACCUGCGAAGGAUUGCUUGGUCAAGCCCGAAGAAGGGACGCCAGAGAUCUUUAAACUAGUCAAGAAUAUGCCUGUCCUGGUACGCAAUGCGGCCUCAAACUACCUUCGGUUACUUGUUCCUCCCGAUGUUGACUUGGCCACCGUCCCUAGCGAUCGGUCCUGGUUUUCCGAUGUUGUAUUAACAUUUAUGGACCGGAAUGGAUCAGUUAUUUUCCACGAAGCGUAAGUUUCCUCCCCUUGUUUUAUCGAAGACUUCGCUUACCUUUCCUUGAAAGUAGUCUUGAUUUCAGCACUACUGCUAAAAAAAACCCCCAGGAACCUCGUGGCGCAUUUUCUUCCUCACAAAUUUAGCAAACACACUCUUGAAUUCUUCACGUUUACUUUCCUCGCGUGCGUUGUGUGUGCAUUAUGAACGACUUUAAACCUCGCAGGGAAAGUGAAUGCAUAAGGGCACACGCAGGGGCUACUUUUGACAAAAUAAGAAGCAAUUUUGCAAAAUUAAGUAAACCUCCAAACUGCCACGGCAUUCGCUUUUGGUUUACUGCAGCUACAGUUCUUCAUUCCAGACCCUGACGAUAUCUCAUCGGUUCGAUACAUUCACCUCAUUGACUUAGCAGGUUCUCGGACCCGCUGUCGAUUUCUUGCAAUCUUUGCUAACAACAAUAAUGCCUAUUGAUUUAGAAGCUUCAAAUACUGCCCCAUCCUCAGCAUCAAAAUCAAACGUUUUUGCUGGCCUUGUCUCUUACACUGGCCGUGUAUAGUAGGCAUUGAAAUUUGCGCGGUAAAGUAUUCGAUGUUGCUUCUAUGGGUAAUUGGAGCUCUACACAUCGAAGUUGUUGGGAAAACUAGGCUAAAAAUCCCUUUGGAAUUACCGCGUAGAUUUUCAGCCCAUAUGAGGCGUCAAAGGCUAGACCUGUUACAUACUUCCGGAGGACUCAAAAAUGUCGUCGCAAUCAAGGACAAUGAAUGUUCUUAUCGUACAUGAGCGAGUUUCGAGCAAUCGAGCUUGCUUGGCCUCUCAGAUACAUAGUCGCCCUCGGCCUAAAGGGCCAUCGGGAGUUCAUAUCAACAGAUUCCCAGUUUUCACAGGUUAAAAGUACUCUAUUAUCCCUUGGUAUUCGGUUUCCGCGAGGCUAAGGCAGAAUGCGGAAAUGGGAUCUUGUGGGCCGACCUCUGCAUUUAAACCUUUACCAAAUAACGUAGCCAUCCAGGCUUUCUGUCCUGCAUCCGGCUGAAAAGUUCAUGAUAUAAAUCUGUAAUUGGUCUAACUGUGGACAAAAAAGUUGACCUGGUGUGAGCUUUAGGCGGAUGCUGUAAGUAAUCUUUCAGAGACAAUCAAGUGUUGCCGGAAGCCACCUGAUAUGACGCCGAACGAACAGGUGGAAAGCCUCUACACUGCUGUGGGUAGCUGCGCUAAAUUGCAUUCUAUUGGCGGUCAUUCACUCCUUCCAGAGCGCGGGGCCCUAUUUUCGGAACUGUUUUUACUUUUAUGCUGCCUCCUUCAGUGGUUUCCUUGAUGGUCUUUAGUGGUUUUUGAUAUAAUGUCAUGAAUCAGAUGCCUAGAGAAACUGCGACUAACGUUUUGUGCUGACACCUAGAGACACUUUCACACAGUUAGCACUUAUUUUCCCCCAACUUUUCACAAUGGCCGAGUGCUUCUUUCCGUUUCUUCUAGACAUUUCUCCCCGAACUCAUCUUUAUCUGAGGGAAUUUCCAACUUUGUUGACACGCGUUGGGGUGAUUAUGUUCAUAAUGAGGAUCUAGACGUUUGGAACCAACACCUGAACGAAGGUAUGCCACCAGAUUUUUCCAGUUUGUAGCCACAGUUCAGCUGGCUACAAUAUCUGUUUUUUACAAUAAAAGUAUGAGAUCUUACCGUGUUAGGGUAUUUGCCAUUGGACGUAUCUUUGAGGUUACUUCUCCAGCAGGUUUUUUUCUUACUAAAAAACCGUCAACAGUCGGCACUUUUUAUGUACUCCGAAGUGUUCCAUAACCUCUCUAUUUUAACCUGCUUGAACGGAGCCUGUGAAUGACUUGCCUAUGCUACCUUCCAAGACUCAUUCUCACCUUCGGCUACAAAUUUUGCCGCGUGUGACGCAUUGUUGAACCUAGUUCCAUUUCGACUCACGUCUUUGAUUAUCUACCCGGACUUAUUGUCUGUUAGCAUGUUAUCACUACGCUAAGUACCCAGUUGGCAACGAAAAUGUUUGUCCUUUGAGAAUGUUAUUAAAUAUAUGUGUUAGUCGUAUUUUCACUCCUGCGUCGUAAAGGGAGUGACUGGUUUUCCAUCCCUCUCACAGACCAAUUUCAUGUAUUUUCGCAAUUCAAUGUCGCCAACUCAUCGCACUCCAUCAAAGAUACAGUUUCGUUCCGCCAAAACGUAGAACCAAUGGAUAUUAGGGCAUUUUGGCCCUGUCUCCAUAUGUGACCUAAGGGCUUCAGAGUCGUCAAACGGCCUCUUUGCCCAACCUACGAGUUUCCCAUUUGCCGGAUUUUAUUCCCGAAAAUGACUUUUUAUCUCACAUACUUUAUUGAUUUUUUGCAGCAUUUUCAGAGGCGGAUCGUUGGCGUGCUAAUCACUUGUCUGCUAGUGAUGCCCUCGCGAAGACUGAAUUUGACACCGACGGACAGACGGGUGACCGCCGACGCGUCUGUUCCGGUGCAAAUCAGCAAGUCUCGACCACCAGUAAGCUCAGUCCCGAAGGCGGCGAUACCAUGCGCCAUUUCGUCUUGUCUUCGGUCUAUCGCGCCAAAUGGGGAACCCAGUUCUACUACUUCAGGUCCCUCAGUCUCCCCUUUCUCAGGAAUCAGCCCGACCUUUCCCCAGAGAGUUGCAGUAUCAAUGAUGCUUCGGAGUCAGAUAGUCUCUUAUUGGAUACUGGGUUGAAUGCCAGCACAAAAGCAGCGUCGCAGCCAGAUCUGCCAACUCCCUCUUCAACACUCCGUCGUUCUCAGGAAUCUUGUGAUAUCGGGGUCUUUUCCCCCACUUCGUCGUUCGAAAAUCUGCUUCUUCUGAAUUAUCACUGCAUUAUUGGGUAUGAGCUAGUACAUUUGAUCACGAUUGCCUCUUUAUACAUGCAUAUAUUGAAUAACUGAAGUAGUAUGCAUUCCGAGAUGAUUUGAUGAAAGGAGGAAGUCUGUCGGAAAAAAGACCUACUCGCAUAUUUCCGAGCUGGUUGCACCAACCCGUCGUCAGCCGGCGUCCUUGCGCGCAGCAUUAUCCCCGGCAAAGGAUCCCAUACCCAAAGAACAGCAAAUUAACGUCAUUUACCGUAUCUCGUGCGCUAACUGCCGUUGCGUCUAUAUUGGUCACACAAAUCGAAAACUUGGGACUCGUAUUAAUACACAUAAGCUAACUAUCCGCCGACGCGACCCCUUGUCGCUCGUGUUUGCACAGUCUCUUGAUUGUGACCACCGUUCCACUUGGGACGGUACUGAAGUGGUUGCCAUGGCUAACACCAAACAGGCACGGGAAUUCCUCGAAGCUUGGCACUCCGGUGCGGACAGAAUUAACCACCAUGUUGACCUAGAUGUCCACUACGGAGGUCUUCGAUCGAGGUGGACUGACUGGCGCCCGCCUUAAGAACAACAACAGCUAAUGCGUGCCUGGACAUGCAUGAUCUCGCAGGCACGCCACUCCUCCCUUCCUCACAUGGGAUCUUGUAGACGACCUCUUUCUUGUUAGGAUAGGGUUAACCAGCUGAACAAGAAAGAGGUCGUCUACAAGAUCCCGUGUGAUACAUGUGCUGCCGUAUUAUGUGGCCAGACUGGGAAAUCCGCCUCAACACGCAUCCACGAGCACCAGUUGGCAGUAAAGAGGCUAGACCCUCUGUCUCAGGUAGUCAUGAAUACUCUGGACACCGGGCACACUUUCACUUGGGAUAAAGCUCGCAUUGUCGCUGUCUGCCCUUUCAAGAAAGGCCAAGAAUUCCUAGAGGAGAUGCACUCUGAUGAAUCAUGCAUCAACCGGCGUAUCGAGUUGGAUGCCGUGUACAGAAACCUGAAGGGCCAACCAGCUCAGGCUGACACACGGCGACCGCCAACCGGCGCACACGCCAUACAAGUGUCGAUUUUACGUGCACUCGUGACGUUAGCUGUUUUUUUGCUUUCACAUUUGCUUUCCGUUUGCGUCUGACGACGACCUGGGGAACCAGCGUCGAAAAUUUACGCAAUAAACCGUCUUGUCCCAAAGAACCCAUCUCUUUUCAAAAAGUAUGUAUAUAAUGGUAGGGGGCGCUCACCGAGCGUUCUUACGGAACUCGUUCCGUUGUGCCUUACGGGCUCUCUCUUGAGCCCAACCAGUAGCCGCACAGUGGCGCAUGAUAUAAGCAGUAUGUUAUUACCAACAUGGACUAGGGACACUGGAAUGGCCAUUUCUGGCUUAUAAGCCGUCGUCAGCCAGUCAUACCCAACCCCGAAGUGUGGAACACCUGGGGUUCGAACUCGCGACCUGGCUGAUGACGGUUAAUAAGCCAGAAAUGACCAUUCCAGUCUCCCUUGUCUUUGUCGGUAAUAAUAUUCUGCCUAUAUGUAUAUAUGUUUUCACCACCACCUCUCCGUUCUAGCCGAGCUUACCAAAUACAUGCCUUCUCUUUGUUAAUUUUAGUAAGUGCACAAGUGAAUCCGAAAGUCGGCGUCCGAUGUCCAUCACUGCGCCGCCAUGUAAUUCGACUCUGUCGCCCUCCAUGGCGGAGAAGUCCAUGAAGCAGUUGAAGGCAGCCCCUGACGAUCUGUUGUUGUCAAGUAGUGAAUUUUCUACCGCCUAUCCCCAAUACGAGGAAGAAGAGAUGCAGUUGUCGGCGGCUCCUCGGACUAGUUCACUCGAAGGUCACACGCCAAAUUUCGCCUCCCAAACUGCCUCUCUUUUCCGACCUCUGAACUCAUCAGACGGUCCUGCGAUGUCAGUCGGUUUCUCGGAUCGACCCGCCCAGCAGCAGCAGCAUCAUCAACAGCAACCAAGAGAUUGUGAACUUUGUGUUCCUGACACUUCAGUACCCACUUCAUCUCGUCCGGAUGCGGCUGACGUGCCUUCGUAUGCAGCAACAGGAGCAGAGGCAAAGCAUGUUAUUCACUACCGAGCCGGUAAUCACCCUUUUCCUGGUGGAUCUUCAGCAAGUCAAAUUCUUUUCCGCGCUCCAAAUGCGGACCCUUCGAUGGAGCCCAGGGGAAUGGGAGCGUACUCCGUUUCAGAAAAUCAACGCUACGUAAGUAACAUCUGCUUUUUCCAAAAUUCGACUUCAUUUACACAUCUCACUUUCUCCUCACAACUGUUUAUUGUUCGCGCACCCAAGGUAAGGGUGCCUGACUGGACAUCCUAGCUAACAAACACCAGAUCAAAUGCUUUUGAACAACGAACAGCAUUUGAGCGCUCGGAAUUUUCGACCAUUUUUCCUGCGCUUUCUAUAUAGGCCCUUGCCUGUGCGCUAGUUUCGUGGCCAUCCAGCUUAUCAGGUUGUUAGGCAUGGUCUACCUACAUGAUCUCGCAUCGUUUUGAUCGUUGUGGCUCACGACCUUACAUCCAGCACUCGAUCUCUGCACAAGGCGCUGUUAGGCGUCCCACCCAAACGCCCGACCGAGACACCAGUACCAUUAAUUCGCAAAACUGGAGAUUUUUGGCCGGUCGUAGUUAUUACGCGUAUUUAUUGAAAAGCACUUCUCGAGGUCACUUUGUGGCGCUCUAGCCAUGUGUCUUUAGGGGUGGAUAACUCGGUCGGAUACAGUUCUGUUUGCCGAAGACUUUCGUUGCGUCAUUUUAAUGACUUCAGUCACCCAAAUGAUUGGGCCACCGUCUCAUUUUCUAGCCCUUUCUACUUUUCUCUUUGGAACUACCACGACUAAAUCUGUUUAUAGUAAGACAACUGUUCAGAGACUGCUCUAUCUACCUCACCUAUCUGUACCACCUUAUGACUUUUUUGGCGCACACUUGGGAGAAUCCUAUUUUUGGCAUGUUCUAGGAAGACAAACGUCUUUCCACUCCUGUAGCUCACUUGAAAAUUUCAGUUUAUUGAACUUAAAGGAGUUACGAUCCCAGAACGCAUUUUACAGAUGGAUCGAAGCAUUGCCUCGCGUCCCUAAAUUUUUUCGGUAGACAUAAACAAGCUGGGUCCUAAUGCUUUCAGCGAGUCGGCAAUUAAGUUCUACCGCGAAAGUUGCAUUUCCUGUCUCCUGCUGUUUAGAUUGCGCAGGUUAUACCUUUGUUGUUCUGUUGUUCCGGCCAGCGUCACUACUCAUGUGGUCGACAUCGGCGUUCAUGACAUGAGUUAUUAGCGUUCCUGGAAGUUUGCUGAAGAUAUUGCAGAUGGAGUCACCGGUUCCUUCCGCCCUACGGAUAAGUUCCUACUUUGUAAGACGGCGGCGGCUAUGGGAGCGUCGUUGGAUGGUGUUUUACAUUCGCUAUUUCAUAAUAUCCUUGUGGUUUAGAACCCUUUUAAAAACAAUCAGUUAUCAGCUCGGUGCUUAACCAUGCCUGAAAGUAUGGGCACUGCAUGGUCCGCGGCCACUUUCGCCAACCCCUGGUCUGCUUAUUUGGCAACAAGCUAUCGACGAGGGGCAUUCCCCUAUCCAUCGUCGAUGGACACGCUUGGUACCCCGCAUCUAAGCCAGUAACCAAACCUCUCUGUGGUUCUUGUCGUCUCGGAGAUCUUAUUAUUUUACUUUCUUGGGUCUUUUUGGGUAAACUGGAUGUCGGGUGGAGAUUGGCUGUCCAAGACUAGUGUUUGAAUUUCUUUUUGCUGUACAUCAUUCUUGUCCCGGGUAUGGCUUUUGUCUAAUAUUUUAAUAUGCUAUGAAGUGAAAAGCCUUCUCUCAUGGCACGGUCACGUGGGGACAAUUUAGUUCUUUAGCUUGCUGGACAAAGAGGACCACGUCACCAAAGCCAUGUCACUUCUCAACUACCCGAUUGCAGCUGUUUCUUGCGAAGAUAACCCAAAUGAAGUCGGUAUCAGCAGAGGUGUAUUAGGGCUUCGAAAGGCAAGGGCAAUAAAAAAGAUCGAGUGGCAAAAGAAGAAACCCGAGGCUGCUGCGAUCGCAAGAUUCUGCGGCCUUCCAAAGUGACAAAGUUGACAAGCCGGAAAUGGCACUGUGUCCGAUCGCACUUCCGACGCAACCCCAACAUAUGUGCUGGCCAGGGGGUCGUUUCGAUGCUCGCCCAUUCGCCCGCCGGAACAGUUCCCACAAAAGCCGUAUGCGCCGAACUUGCAGCCGAUGAGGUGAUGGUGUCUUUCGAUGUGACCCUUCACCACGAUCUCAGGAGAUCUUGCAUUUGAAACUGUCCAACCCUGCUGGAAGCACGCUGCAAUGGAGCCGAUACCUCGCUGACAUCCUGCAGACACUGCUCUAGCGAGCAACAAUUCUCGAUGAAGGGGAGAGCGGUAAGUAUCAUAGGUAUGCAGUAGCAUAGCGAAUGCAUACCGUUUCCGAUGAUGGGUUCGAGCGAGGAUCCGAAACAUCAGGCGAAUAAAACUCUUGUUCACUCUCUUCACCGUCGGUGAGCUGCGCACGAAUAAGUUGGGACCACUUGAAUAGGUUCUCUGUCGUCUAGCCCAUCGUUUAAGAGGUACAAUAGAUGUGCUAUCUCAUGGAAUAACCGAAGUUCUGAAAUGCGUCGUCAUUUUGAAAAGAUUAAUUAAGUAGGGCUGUCAUGUUAAUUAUCGUGUCACAUAAUGCCAAGAUAUUCCUGUUACGUCAGGAUGCCGGCUUUAGAACGGACUUCUUAUCGGCCGCCUGCGUAAACUACAUCCCGUAAAAAUGGCUACUUAAGUAGCUUGAAUUUUUGUCAUUGAUGCCAUGUUCGAUUCAGAUGUAUUUUAGUGAAACCAUGCAUAAAAUGUUCUUUCUUUUAUUCAUUUGACGACAAAUUACGUCUACCUUAAAUCAUAUACUCGAAGAAAGCGUAUUUUCCGGUUUUAAAAAGUCUCUAACCAUGAGAUUUUUCAAGAGCGUGCAAUGUCCGACCACACAGCAUCGCAUAAGCACAUUUAUUAUUUCUGCUUAUAAAGCCAACAGCGCAGUCCACGUCCAUCGCAAAAUUCUAUGAGCCCUAUACGACAUCUUUUUGAUAGCACCUAGAAAUGUAUGAUUUCCCUUGCACGGAAGGUAUACGACUUGCAGUUUUGAAACCCUGAAUGCAAGUGUACUGGCCGAGUUCAAAAUUAUUCAGGAAUUAAGAGUUUUUUUAAAACGGAAUGGCACUCCUUCUUUAAGCAUACAACUUUAAGAAGAUGUAACGUCCUACGAGAUGGGUAAAAGUAGGAAUAUUUUCAUACAUUUUAUUUCUGUAAAGUAUGUUCGACUUUGCAAGGGCAUCGAAGAUCAAUGGGGAAAAUUCACGCUACUUAAGUAGCCAUUCUUGCGGAAUGUAGUUUACGCAAGCAGCCGAUAAGAAGCUCGUCCAAAAUCCGGCAUCCUGACGUGACUGAGAUAUCUUGGCGUUGUGCAGCACGAUAUUUAACCUGAAAACCCUACUUAGGUAACCUUUUGGAGUUGAAAACACAUUUCAAAAUUUCAGUUUAUAUUUCAUGUAUGUCUAGUAUGUCUAGUAUAGUAUCUAGUAUAUCAACCAAUAUAACCAUCAGUUGUCGACCACUACCGUGCAAACUUGUGUUUUCAGUACGUUACCAAACGGGAAAUGACUGAAAACUUUACUUGGCAUCGGAAUUGAGUCCCUUCCAGACGUCAACUUCACAGUUAGCCCUAUGACAAACUGGCGGGGAGCUUAAAGCAACCGUUGACAGAAAGGCAACCAAUACCUUCAUUAUCCUAAGAACCCCAGCGACCAGCCCGUUUCAAACAGAUGCAGCUGCAGGAAAACUCACUACUAUGCUGAGACGCUUACAACCAGCCGAACGACAAAGGCUGGAGAACGAUACCUCCAAAAGUUAUUUACAACCAACGGACACCUCCGGAAAAUUUGUUGAGAAAUGGAGGCAUAAAGUCAGUGCGAAUGGUGCGAAAACGAGGCCUAGGGCGGAGUUCUGCUGCACAAUGCUGGCGCAUCCAUAGAACUCGCCGAACUAAUGUGCAACCUUGAAACUGGAGUAGCAAACAGGUCGAAGGCGAUAAUUCGCCUACAGCUCACGCAUUACAAAGAGUCCACUACCAACCGGUCAAAAUUUACCAUAUUCAAUGCAGCUGCAAAAAACAAGUCCAGGCUAGAAUGCAUGAACGGGAACUUGCUGCCUGACUGGAAGACAGACUAUCCCUUGGUGGCCGCUCGACCAUCCUCUCCAGGGCACAGCUCGUAAGACCACGCGGCGGCUCUGGGUUUAUCCGGUAACGGGAGCUCACAUCCUUUGCAGAGUAUGGCAUUCAAGCAAGGACUCUGUCGGCAGACAUGUCCGUCUGCCUCCGGCCUACCACGUCUUACGAGAACAAAUCAAUGUCUUUACUGAACGUCACAUCCAGCGUAAAUGUUUGGAUUCUGACUGACCUAUAAUUUUUUAAUUAGCCUUGACGAUGAGUCCCAGUGAAAGUUUGAAACCUCAGGAAAGGGCAACUUUUGACUCAACGAUGGCCAUUCCGUCUUCUGCAUACAUGCGUAUAUCUAGAUACUCUUCAAAGAAUGAGCCGCAUUCUCUUAUUGGUCUUCCACUUAGAAAAAGUGGUUUGUUACCUCAUUUCACUCAUAAAGGCCGCCGUCUUUCAUUUCUUAGGCAGUCAGAGGGGACAUUGAUAAGUAUUCACCGUACAUGCGCUUGCCUGACAGGAUACGAGCUUCGUUCAGCAGACGAAAAGCUUUUUGUUUUGUUUAUUGUAGGAUAUUUUAGUUCAUUGGGGGCCUGCAUUACUACUUUAGUGCUUCUCAAACGAUUCAUACAGUACCCCCCCGUUUGUCAGGUACGUAUGAGCUGAAAGUAAGACGCGAAUAAACAGCUUCACGUAUCCAGAAAUCAGCGUGACAAACACGUGGUAAAAUUUCUUGGGUGCUCUCAGACUGUUUGUUUGCAUUUGAAAGUUACCGGUUUGGUACAACGGGGCAUUGUUUACCAGCACUUUUUGUUAGCGAGUUUUGGGACACCAUGUUUUUUUACUUCACAAAUUCUAGUUUCGGAGUCCGAAAACGUGUCUGUUCUUUUCUAAACCGACGUGGUCAUUCGCGCUUCACCUUUUUUGAUUCCCGCUGACACAAGUUAACUAUCGAGCGAGACGACGUUCUUGUCUACCUUUACAGCUUAUGUAAAUGCCUGUUAGCAGGAGUAUGCACAUAAAUAUACAUGCUUGGCUUAAAACACUUGUUAACACACCAAAUCGCCUGGGUACUUGAAAAUGCCGAUUGUCACCUUAUUGUCCUGCCUUUUGUUUACGAAGCAAUUUAAAGGCACAUUAUGCGUGAUAAAAAGGCUUUGCACACGUCGUUUGACUGAUAGAAAUUAACGAUGUCCAAAAUAUUUCCUGCUAAACGUCUGGAGUUUGGUUAUUCUAUUUCCUCAGUUUCCCCUCUUAGAAGGAGGAGGAGGAGGAAGAGGAGGGGCAGGGACAGAAGCCACGUAAACGACAGUCCAAGGAAAGCAGUGGUGCUGACUUUGUUAGUGGCAGAAAUUGCGAAUUGCUGUAUGUUGGAACGUAACUACCUGACCAAUUAUAUUUUCGAUAGUCGUCCACAUUUUUUUGCGAGCGCAAGCCGCCUGCAGAUCUGUCAGUGAUCAGUAUUUUUUUGACGCAAAAUAUUUGUGUAUUUCACAUCCACGCAUGUAUACAUCCACUUGCAUGGAUUUCAUAAACUGCCCGCAGUUUUUGUAAUCCCAGAAAACACUACCUGUGUUGUAAUCGGCAUUGCCCCAAGCACGCUAGUGAAAUAACACGAACAACAUAAGAUGGAUGGAUCAGAACGAAGGGGUGCCCGAAAAUUGGGCCUUAUCAUUCUUACAACUGACACCUUAGAGCUAAAAUGAAAAACGGAACAGUGUUUAAUGAGAUAGAAUUUGCUCAGGGCAAUCGGUUGGCGUUACAACCUAUAUCUUAGGUUACGCAAUUCUUGAGCAACCUGAAUAAAAGUAAGAAUAGUAGGUUACAUGAAUUGUCGUCUUGGUGUCCGGCAGAUUACUACAGUUGCAAAAUUCCUCGAAGUUGUAAUGUCGAAAUUGAAGAAAGCACACUCCCCUAUAAUCAGCAUAGUGUUUGGGAAAUGUGUUGCCAUUUAUGCAGAAGUGAAAAAACCCAAUGGAAACUCUACACACUGCUUAAGUGGUGUAAUUUAUGAGCAAAGGUUGGCUAGUCAGACGUCAGCACGUCCCCGUGUUCCGGCCCAAACUAAGGCAAGAAGUUGGUAUCUUCUGCCACAUGAACAAUAUCCUAGGAAAGAUUUAUAUCCGGCUGGCCUUAUCAUAUCAUUUUUUACCUGUGAUGCAACGCUGUUUGAGGUUGAAGUUGCACACUUGCCAAAUCAUGUUGACAUGCGCCGCCUGCAUUGUGAAUUGACGCUGCAUGUUUGUUUGUCUCACUUCACGCUCUAACCAAUCGGAGCGCUCCUACUGCAAACCACACGUGUUCUGUCUAACGGUGUAGACAUACGGACAUGCACUGUGCGCGUGCGCACGUGUUAUAGUGUCGACUGACUUAAUGGUCGUUGUCUCGCAGUUAAAUUAGCGCCGCAGGAUUUGUUAGAUUACUGAUACUCUUUAGUCGAAGGACUCCCGUUUCCCGUAGCCUUAUUUCGCACGACUCCACCCAGCGGGAUUUCCUCCUGUUCUUCAAGUACGGACUCAUCCUUGUGUUUUUUUUAAACAGCCUGGUCUUGAUGCUGAUCCCACGCAGUUGGGGACGGCCCACUCAUCAAGCCCAGUGGUCGUGACUUCGCCAUCGCGGUCUACUUAUAUGAACUAUAUUCAACCGCAGCGGGUGGCAGGCUCCGCAGAGAACUCUGUUUACUUUCCGGAAGACAGACUUGAGGAACGGCACGGUCAUCACAGGCAGCACCACACCCAACAACAUCAGACCUCCGCGUCCUCAUUAGACUCGGUUAGCAACAGGACUUCUCGCCGUCAAACAUCUGCCAACAGUCCAAAACUUCCCCCAACGGAAGGCAAUUGGCUGGAACAGGUCAAUUCCCCCAAUCACAGUCACGCUUCGCCGUCCUCGAAAUCCGCCUGUAAGUGCUCUUUCAGUUUUCGUUUCCCCGAUGGCUGUUUGCACCAGACCUCUCACGACCAUUCUUAAAAUCUGAAAUUAUAAACACUAAUUUUUCGGAUGAUGAUUGCUUGUACUUCACCAUUUUCACCGGUAGUCCCACCUUGCGCACUACCUGUGGUCUGUUGAGUAGGCUAAUAGGUGAGGAUUUUUACUCUCCUCCCCAACAUCUUUAUCGUUUCAGUCUUAGAUCUAGGGUGACCUCGAGGACGCUUGCCCAUGGCACCCAUUUGGUUUUUUAGCCUUUACAAGUAGUCAUUACUUGCAGCGUCAAUCGAGGAGAUUGUUGUAGUUUUAAAAGCACGCGAGGUGGCAUCCAUGCGCACUAGGUAACACAACUUUUGUGUUGAAGUCUAUUUCGUUAAGCCGCGUAUUUUCCUUCAGUUUGGCUCUUCCGAUUUCCCCAAUUUGAAGUGCACAACGGUAUGCCAAUUUACUAAGACUCUUGUAACGUUCAUAUUAUGAAAGAAGAAUACAAUAUCGAUUGCCCCUUUUUCUUGCUGCAUCUUGACAAGCUUUUUCAACGUUCCUUAAGUUUAUCACUGGUAGCAUUAGCGAUUGGUCUAAUACUCAGUUCUCGAUACUUAGAUGUUUUGAAGUCACGUUUAUCAUUGACUGAACACACAAGUGGUGCCUUUGCAUUUCCUACUGCGCUUUGGAAGAAAUUCUUGCCACAAACUGGCCAACAAGACAAUUUUACGAGUUAAUUCCCCAAAAAAGUGUCAAGAGCUCUUUACCGCUCGAAUACAGCUUUAUUCAACACUACAGUACAGUCGUUGUCGAGUUCGUUGAUGCACCCCCUUCUUCCUAAUAGCGCAGGAAGUUGGAGUCGGAGCGCCCGCCACAAAGUUAAAACAGUCCGCAGCAGAUUCCUGUCACACCAUAUGUUUUCAUGGAAUGCUGCCGUCAGACUCUCGCCCGUACUCCACAUUCGGCGUUAACAUGCAGGCCCCAUAAAGACUGUUGAGAUUUCGAUGGCUCCCUUUGCGAAGGACGCAGAUCCGUAGGACAUUUUAAACAACUAUAUUGAAUGCCCCACAGCGCCGGAACAGAGGUUCGGAACAUAUUUUAACCACAGCACUCUGAUUGACAUUUCAAAGCUAAGUUCCCCUCCCUAAGACUCCCUGCGGCCUUGGUGCUUGGAACAGUCAGUGGCCCCGGCAACCGCAAUCAUACACAUCAGCGGGCUGAUUGAUGGACGGUGUUCACACACAAAACCAGCGACCAGCACCGUCAUAUCCACCCACCACUGGUGGUCUGCGUUCAUGAGGGUAAUUUUAGAAAAGACUGAUAAAAUCCUGUGUUCGUUUCGCAUCGCACCUGUGAUGCAGUAGCAAACGACGAGGCGCACCACCUCCUAAAGAGGUUGGCGCAGCUGUGACUUGUCAGUGAAUCUGUUUAUAGUGAACAGAGUCACACUUCAGCUACCUCAUUGACUUCAUAGUCCAACCGCGUUGUGGCGACAAGAAAACUGGGGAUGGGCGUGGGCGCGGUGUCUGACGAAAUAAAAGGGCCUACCUACGUGUGCCACCCGUGACAUGGUUCCUCACUUCACUGGUGUCGGGCUCCAUUUCAAGUGGUGUGUGCCGAAUCUCGUGCAAGUGGGAAUGCCAUGAAGCGAGCAUUAUGAAUGAUCUACUGCAAUCUGACCUUCAGUCAUAAGUAGGACCGAGUUGAUUCGUUACUUGGCGGCAUUCCAAGUCGCGGCCGUUGGCUAGUUCUGAUCGUUUCAGAGUAUGUGGGGUGGUUUAUCUGAAGGGAGUUCAACUUGCGAGGAAGCAUAAUGCUGACCGUCUGAAUGAUUCUGCCACUGCCGCGGACUUCCAUAUGACUGCCUCCAAUCAUUUCACCGCAAUGGUACUGUAAACUGCUGUCUCUACAAUCACAAGAAGAGAUCCGAAGCGCGUGUGGGUGAUGGGGAGAGUGGCUUACUUAGCAUCCGUCAUGACCGCAGUAUUGCAUCUCCUCUUUUCAAAUGUGCUGUAGACUGCCCUCCAUUACGCACUAGUGGACCUCUGGGCAGUAACCAAUGAAUUAUGCGCGUUGACUACGCCGGCAAGAUUGCGGUGCUGACGGGGUCCCUUGUAGAAAUGCAACCUGCGGGGCCUCAGGUUGAUGCGAAUGCGGGUGAAGUAGGCUUGAAAAUGGAUUUCUUUAGGAUGAAGUGAAUGACCUGGGAGUUCUUCGGCCGGCAAUGUCUGUUGGGUGUGAAUAGACAGUCUAUCUCGUGGACUGAUGCGUGUCCCUUGUUAUUUUGGGGCGGUGUUUUUGCACAGUGGGUUGGGUGGAUGUGAAAUCACCCAUGUUAUCAACCAAGAGCGCAUGGCCUUUUUCCGACUUGUCCGAGACCUCUGGAUUUGCUGUGAGGUCAGUCAGAGAAGGAAGCUGUGAGUGUCAGGUGCCUCCGCGAAGACAACCCUUCUGUAAGGGUGUAAGAAAUGGCCCGCGUGCUCGGUAGAUUUACACUAUAUAAGUUGUUCUAUCGUUCCAGUCUUUUACCACGUCUGUAAUUAACGCCUGCGUAGUCGGUCAAAUGCUCAGCGCAUCUACUGCUCCCUCACCAACUACCCGAUUUAAUUGGCUCGACAACUUCUUUUUCAUUCCGAAAACGAAAACGUCGGCCCACCCUACCCGGCCUAGUUACGACCUCAAGUUGGCCAACGGAAGACGUAGGUGCACGUGGUUAGAGCUGACCGCGUGCACAAGUAGGCGGGUGCGUUAUGCCAACUGGCUCAACUUUGUAUAGGGGUUUGCCACUGACCGACUGCAAUUAGGCGAGAGAAUCAUGGUAGCUUGCGCAGGUUCAAAGUCACUAGCGCAUUCGGCAUUUCAUCUUCUGCUAGUGGCAAAUCUAACUCAAGAUUACUCGUAUAUGCAAUUACUGCCCUAGAGUCCUUGAGUGCCACGGCAUGGCUGACCCAUCAGCCGACAACGGAUUGUUUGAUCCUAGCCAUCCGCGAGGUCUCUCACUGUUUCGAGGAGGGCGCGGUGGUGACUUGUGCAUGAACUUGUUUACAGUAAGGCAGACUUGCCCGACACCUACUUGCAUUUUCAUGCUUCGUUUGUUACAAUGACAGGACAAAAUCAAGACGGGUGUUGAUGGGUUGGCUGAGGAAACUCAAUGAACCUUAAAGGCGCGCCGCGCACGACCUCUCCCUUUACUCUCCAUGAACCAGGCCUCAGGCAAAGCCGGGAUCUCGGGUUUCAAGUAAAUGGGAGUACAUAAUGAACGCAUUAAACAAACCUAGCGAGCUAACUCCCUCCAAUAGUGCGCUGAGUUAUUCUGUUAAUUGAGACGCCGUCACCGAUUAAGGGUUUGUCAUAUAGAUGAAUGGGAGAAGAAAAAACACAGCUUUCGGCCCCACCCUGUUUCCCCUUUCAAAUCCCGUAACAGCGACAAGACUAGGCAAAAACAACGAGAGAUAAAGUGGAAGGACUCAACGGCAUUCUGUCCAUCUGUUGACAAUACUUGAGAUAUAAGAGUCGUGGACCGUGAGGUCAAACUGCGUCCCAGUUUCGGCAUGCAGUGGAGAACGCCUGAAGGUGCCUUCUUGCAAGAGAGCAUGCAUUUUUUACUCAGUCAGAAAGCGUCUGCGGCUUUUGACAUCUGCCUCAGCGGUCGCCAGCAAGUACCGAAGACGACCACUUUGGACAUACUUUGAUACUGAAGUUAGCACCAGACCUUUUGAGACAACGGCCCCGAUUUGUCACUCACUUGAAGGUCGUUUAUUUGUCCCAUUUACUUCCCUGUCGUCAAGUUUAUCGCCUUGUCGACAUGAGGCACUACUUCUCUCGACGCCAGUACAUCUGCAAAAACAAAACGUUUUUCUGAGCAAAAGUGGCCACUUUCCUGGAGCACUGCAGGGUGGUCUUGUCAGACCGAGACGACAGUGCUUAUGCUUGCGCAGAGACGACGCAAAAUUUCUAAUUACGGUUGUCGACCUCUUUAUUUACUACUCCCCUAGGUGCGAACACCAUGUGCACGUGCACUGCCAGGCCACCCUCCUCGCAGUCUUGUGUCUCUGUAAGCGGUAUGCUUUAUGCAGAAGGCCGUGUUACAGCACCAUUUACCGAAUUCAGUUUUAUGACUUUACGUGUAAUCUUCACUUUAAUAGGGCGGCGUACUUAUUGUAUGAUGCAUCAACGUCACCUCACCUUUUCUUUGCUAAUGUGGCUCAGUCCGGAGACUCAUGUUUACUUGAAUUUGAAGUUUGUUCUGAUGGAAGCGAAAGGCUGUGUCCUAGGCGUCAUUUCAGAAGGGAAUGCUCCUGCAAUCGGAGGGAUAACUUUGCUUCUGUGACACUUCGAGCUCACCUUGGAGUGCAUCAUCAGAGAAUGAAGGUUUUACAGGUUUUUACAGUCCCGUGGACCGACGCGAUAUCUCUAUCACUGCUAAGAUCCGUAUUUGCGGAGCAUCCGUUCACGUCAAUCCCACGGUACGGUCGUAGAGAUGCUGAACCGUGAGCUUAAAAACGGGCAGAAACUGGAGACGCCUGACCACCGUUGCCUGAUAACCAUCCUUCAACUCGAAUACAUCGACUUGUUUUCGAAUGAAACAGUCAUCACUCACAGCGGCAUCAUUGCGGGGUGUCUCAGGACACCCAAGAAAGACUACUGUGGUGGUUUUGACACGCUCUUCGUGGUCUGCCUCAGGAGUUCGUUGUUUCUGCCAUCGAUCCAGCGUCGUAGCCCAUCUGGAGGUGUUGGAAAGGAUAUCAGUUCAAAACCUGGUUCGGCCUUUGCCGUCAGGAUAGUCGCGUUUCGUAUUGGGGACGUAGAUGCAUCGACAAGACUUUGAGUUAUCUCAUUCCAGAACCGUAUGAGAUGCUAUGAUGUGUUACUUUGGACUUUUUCGACUAUUCAUUGAAGGCAAAGUAGCCGUAGUGGUAACUCUGUGGUGGUGGACAUUCGGCGAUUAGGCCGGAGAAACAAAAGCAAUAACUGCUUGGGCUGACUGGAGACUCGAGAAAUUCAUACCAGGAAAAAAACGGCCGCUACGAGGGGGACACAAACCACCGACCUCCGAAGCAUACAUUGGACGUUUCAGCCCUGAGCACCUAACGUCACGUCCGCCAUCUCUGUGAAUUACUUAAGUCAGUUUUUUUGCCAACUCGAGGGAAGUUCGGACGUCUGAGGAAUUGCGCAAUGCUUGCCCUUGUUCCUCUGAGGAGAGACCAAACGAAAGGUGAAGUAGACUCACCUUACCAGUUAGUAAGAAGGAACCAUCGAUUGCCCUGGACAGCUGGCGAACUUCGCUGGCGUGAAGCAUCCGGCGCGAAUUUUGACGGUAGGUGACUCGAUUUCACAGCCUGCCUCGCAGGGACGCCAGCAAAUAAUUCUCGACACUCCCCACUGUACGGUUUUUGUCCAAAAAUCCUCCCAGUUGGCGAGAUGUGAAGACGCGAGUGCUUUUCUCACAAACCAGGCCCCAUUAUCCUUUAUUAAAUUCCCAAAAGCAAGUAUAUACUUUUGCACACAAUCCUUCCCGACUUAGAUUCACUUUCUAAGUUAAGGAUUUAAUAAUCAAAACAUUGGCUAGGAGCGAUUUUUUGUUAGUAAAUUCAGCUAUUCCUGGAUAGGGUUUAAAACGCAGGACGCCUUUUUUUCUUGACGUUUGAAACAGCCAGUAAUGAGUGGAUCGAUUCCCGAAGCAAUGAUGCAUAAAGCCUCCUUUGAAUCCCUGUCGGCUAGUGUGACCGAUGCAUAAUUAUUUCACCGAAUUUUUUGGGAUGAACACUAGUCAUUAUCCGAGUAAGUAGAUUUUCGGACCAAUUCUCAUGUAAAAUCCUAACAAUGACAGCUGUCACAGCCACAUAAAAUAGGAACGCUGAAGGUGGACGCGAUGUUUGUCAUCACGAGAACUUUCUAGCAUUAUCUCCUUUGCAUAUCAUUAUUCAACUACGACUGCCAAGCUCGCAUAUUGAUCUCCGAUUUUCUUUCGAGUGUGUAGAUUUACAUUGCCUGCUUUCUCCCUCACGCUCACACAGAGAUCGAGGCUUGUAUUAUGCCAUUUGACCUUAUGUGUCCUUACUGCUUUUGACAAAAAGCUCUGACAACUCUUCCUUCUCCAGCCGCUCCCCCCUGCGAGAAUGCCGCGUCCAAACCCGCGAUGCAGAGUUUAUUGAAGACGGUGCCCGAUCCCUGGCCACAGCCCUCCUUCCGUCCACGGGCCGCAACCGACCUGUCACAGUGCUCCAUUAAGGGUGCACUAGCACGCCUCGGGAACCAAACAGACAGGUGAGGACAUUCAAGACAAGAACCCUAGCUGUGUCUGCAGUUGAAGUAGGUGCUGCUUCUUUGCUCGGAGUUUCACACCUAUUUAAUGCACGCCGUCACUCGGAAUUAGUAAGUUGACGGUGGCAUUCCAGAGGGCUGGAAUCUUAGGCAACCGGAUCAGAUGGACUUAUUACUAACAAGUAUGCUGUUGGCGGUGGGACUCGCAGUUUGUCAGCGCAGAUCGUGCUUUGGCUCGUAGUUGAUAUACGUUUCGUGGGCCGCUUUAAUGAACUUUGACUUGUCUCAGGCAGUGCUGUGAAAUCGUAUUCUGACCGGUCUGCUUUUACAUGGUCUCUGGCGACAGACUGAUGCAACGUCACGAGCGAAGUCGUGUCAGCCUAUGCUUCUAGAGUUGCCCUCGUGUAACUUUGGUCGCACGACCUACCUCAGCCUCCGCAAGUUUUAAAAGUGUCGAUCCCUCUUCACUCCAGGCGCCAAACACGUGCGCUCCUGACCGGCAACACUAAAUGUUGGCUGGACGCACUUUUAUUACUCCAGUUUCACUUCAUAAGAACUUUAAUGCAUGUAACUGUUGAGAAGCCUUUGACACAAUACGGGUGGCAUCAAAGUAAAAUAUUGUACUUUUAUGGCAUUUCAUUUGUAUAAAUGCAACUACUGUAAUGUAAUGACUGCUGUUUCAGCUAGGAUAAUGGCCAUGUCCUAGUGGCUGCGAUUCUAGAACCCGGUCCCACUUAGGAGAAAAAGCAUCAGUAGUAGGCGUUUUUCUGCACAUAAGCCUGAUAGCGAUCUGAGCCUUCAAUGCGCCGUCAACCAUAGGUUUGCGCGCGUGCCUCCGCAAGGGUGAUUCCGCUCGCACGUGACCAAGUGUGCUUCUUACGCAAGAUCUAGUCGGUGUCAGCUUAGUCAGUUGAUUGGAUGAUUCCUGAAUUUAUGCACGCCUAUGGUUGGCUAUCGUCGGAGCUGGAUAUGCGCAUGUUCCAUCCGCUCGAAAGUGGUGAUCAUGUGACUCGUAGUAUGUUUUGUACCAGCAGCGGAAGCCGUAUCUACUACUACCACUACUACUACUACUACUACUACUACUACUACUACUACUGCUACUACUACUACUACUACUACUACCACUACCACUACUGCUACCACCACUACUGUUACUACCACUACCACCACUACUGCCACUACUAGUACUGCUAUCACCGCUACUGCUGCUACCACCACUACUACUACUACUACUACUACUACUACUACUACUACUACUACUACUACCACUACUACUACUAUUACCACUACUACCACUGCUGAUGCUACCACUACUGGUGCUCCGCUGCUGCUGCUGUUGCUGCAGCUACCACUACUGCCAUCAUUACCGCUUUCCAUAAAAGAAGCGAUAUUAGUUCAACCUCCGAGGUUGCGAAAUCUUGGAAAAGUCCGCGGCGAACUUGCAGACAGUAAAAGUGUAUCUUUUCUGAGGGCGUUUGAGUUAGAUUCGUCUUCACUACCUCAUCACUUCUAAGUUGCAGCUGGUAUGGAUGUAACCCCGUAAAUUAGGGACGCCCGUUGAGGCACCGAACAAGGCCUUGCCGCCUAAAAUCCCUUAGUGUUGGUCAACUGAAUUUUCAUCUGUUGGCAUUGCUUUCUAUAGCGUUUUCGCUUUGCAUUGUUCCCUUUUCAGGGUGUCACUGGUGGUUAGCCUCUUACCGCCCGAAGUAAUCGAGCAAAUUCGGCGGGCCUGUGAGAACACCGGUUGUGCUAGCAGUGAGAAUCGUGCCUCCUCGGACUCCGCGACUCUUAACAGCAGCGAGAAGCACCCCACGGACACAGAGACUAUUGCCCACCGUGUCCACGCCAUCCUCGUCCGAUACUUAGGCCCAGGAUCCCUCGCUAGAUUUUUCCAGUCAACAACCAGCGAGGCGAGUCCCUUGUUACCCCGAGCUUCCCACUCCGCUUCCCCCUGCGCGUAUCGAAGCCCAACCGAAUCAAGUAGGUUGCACGUUUCUUUACUAAUCGUACUUUUAUUGCCACUUCUUUGUAAAGAAUCAGUUAACCCAAUGCGCCAUUCGUGUGGGUGUUAACCUGCACUUAUGCGUGGAGUGGGAAGUUAUAACGUGCCUUCGAGCUAUCACGGCACCUUAGGGGUCGCAUCUGCAAAGGUUUCCAGAUGCUCGGGAGAGCCAGAUUGCAGUGGCCCUUACCUAUCAUGGCUUCAUGGCAUCACGCCCGUGUGGGGUUCGCAGUUUUAGCCCAGCGUGAGGGACAAGCAUGAGCGUUGCUGGUUUCCAGUCGCAUUAACCUAGACUUGUCACUGGAACGUGAUGCAUGUGCGAAGAGCGAGUAGGGUCGAGGUCAUGCACGUCUUCCUUAUUAUAGUCAGAUUCAUGAACAGACUGUCACCGCUUCCCUCGGCAUAGUGGAGGGUUUCAUCCGACUCAAGGGACAAUUAUUGGAGCUGGUAUUUUGCGAGUCUUGCGAACACGCAACUAAAUAACGAUGCGCGUCUAAUGAGGAGUCGACAAUUCCGAAAUAAUUUUGCCAUAUGUUUUCGCAUGUGCUCGAGCUUAUAUCUAACCUCAGCCCGGUUUGCGUCUUUAUUUGAGGAACCAGUCUAUUUACUAGUUCACUUAAAUUUUCUACGAUUAUCGUUGUCGUUUACAGUGCCUGCUACAAUGUCCACGUAGACCAGCGGUUUCCUCCUUCAAGUCCACAUGCUACAAUGCGCGAUAGUAAUCUUGCUUGUCAUCAUUCAACCCAGGGUACUUGUUUGUUUAACGGCCCUUCUCUCUCUCUCUCUCCCAAGCUCCAGUAAUUGCAAAAUCGACAAUGUCAUGUUCAACGUCCUCUUCCUGUUCCUCCACUCCGAGCCUGGUUUCUACGACACGGAUAUUCAAAAACGCCCCUCAGCCACGUCUACAGCACCGUCAAUCUCUGGUAUCCGAGCUCACGCUUACUCCCCGAUGCACAGAAGUUUGCGAGACCUCAGCGCUCACCUCAGCUGGUCGACCUUCGACCAAAGAAUCUACACCAUUCUGCCCGGUAACUUUUUUUCGCUUUUAUGCACCUCUCUUGUUAAACGUCUGUUGGUGGCAAGUCCGAAAUGGAUGAUAGAACAGACCUGGCCUGGGUGUACCACUAGCGUACGCGUCAGUCAAUCCACGUGAAAUCGAUAUCACCCUCUCGGAUAUCACGCCAGUGAGGAUUAUAAUAGGGCCACAUCAAAAUGAGCUUUCGUUACUUGACUCUCAGUCCCAGAGCCGGGUUCUCCGCCCCUUGGAAGCCUCCUCAACUAUGCCGUUUAGGGUGCCACAAUCGCUGUGAAACGCAUCAGAUUUCCAUUAGUGAAGAGAGGUAGCGUUGGAUCGGCCUCACACAUAUCGUUAUCGUUGCCUGUUAAUGAUAGGGCUCAAUCUAGCCGAGUGGAGACUAGAUUGAAUGAAGUGGCCGACUUGAUCGCAUACGUGCCUGACUUCCGUUUAUGCAUGAGGUUGCAGCACUCUCCGGUAUGUGUUUGCCAGUGUGGUAUUAAGCACUGCUGUGGCCGUAGGGUUUACGAGUGCCUGCAAUGCCAUUUUUCAGCAAACCGUUGUUCUCGCAUCUUGUUGUGCGCUGAACGUUCUCUGUCACCUGGUUCCCUGCCAGUAGAUGCGUUUGCGCUCCCGCUGGGUAUACAGGUCUUGAGCAUGGCUGCCCAGUCAUCCGCGUCUUCUGACACAUUGUUGUGUCGUUUUUAGUAGAAAUCCUGGUCAAGUGUUGUGGACGCGGGGGUGUAGUGGUACGCCUGGGUGCGAGUCCGACCGUGCCAACCACCUGCAUCCUCUCCCGCCUCCGGUCUUCCUGACUAUGUCCUGACACCGGGCCCAGGUGGGGCGGAGGGAGGAGCGAGUGCGUGAGACGCUACGCAAGUCUGCUCUCACUAUAAACCAAUUCACGAGCAAGUCUCUGUGUCUGUUUCACCUUAGUGUGGAGUACACGGGGAACAUAGUCCGGCACGACGGUCGAGCUGUUAAGCACUGCUGCCCACGCAACCAUCGCCUUAUCGGUAUUUUGCUGCACAAGUGGUUUUUCUCCUAGUAUCUUAUUUUGUCGACUUUAUAAAAGUCACUUCGGAGUAUUCACUCUUCCUUUCCCCCUGCGAUUAGGCCGAAAUAUUUUCGGCCUACCAAAAAGCUGUUUUGGCCAUUGGGAUUGCGAAAGGCAUCUUGAGGGGAACUGACUACACGCAAUAAACUCCUCUUCGACUCUUUAACUUUCCUGAAAUUUUAUUGGUACUCUCUAAGGCCUGACUCUUAAUAUUAGUCCACUAUGCAAAGUAUGAUAUUGGGACUAUCUGUGCAAAAAACCUCUUGUUUGAAACAUAGUAUGCAAGGUUACCCACUCACAACAGUCUGCCUAGAUUUCUGGAUUGACAAAUCUGCAAACUGAGUGGAAGGUAGCAGAGAUUCCGCUUAGAGGGAAAUGCCUUUAAUUUAUUCCCUAAAGGAUAUAUGGUGGCAGGUAUCCGCAUGCUACUUCAGCCACAACUUGUGUAGUUUGCUAACACGCGUGAUCUCCCUUUCUGAAGAGAAUUAUAGAAAAUUGGCAAAAUUUUGAAUUCCUUUCGCUGCCUACAUUACACCGUCCCGAGUAUACUAUGUUUACCAGUGACCAACAUAGAGUUCUGAGAAAUUGCACUUUGCAGCAGGAGCGAAACAUUCAGAAGUUAGUUUGCUUUGAAAGCCGCGUAAUGCCUUACUUGCUGUCGCAUUACGUAGUUUUUUGAUUGUUUCGUUUUGAGGGCACUUUUGUAACUCACCUCUUUAAGCUGUCCAUUCCGAUCGGAGCAUUUGAAGUCUUGAUUUGGCAGCCCAUUUCAGCCCACCGCCAUCGACCUUACCGCGUGUCACACGCAUUAAAUGGUGAUUGUACUCAUAUCGGCCACUGCGCCAAAUUUUGUGCCCAUCUCGAACAGGCAAUCUGAUCCAGCCCAGACCAAGCGCCUAGGUCCUCACAAUCUAACGCGCUUUAAACCAAGACAGCAUGCCGUUAGCCGGUGCAGUUUGUGACGGCCGAACUAUCAUCCAAAUCUUACUCUUCAAACUUUUGACCAUUUUCGACCUACCCAGCCUCUAUUUUCACAGGCUGUCUUGGGACUUUUCUACGCAGACGGUCCCCGAACGCUUGGAUUGCCCGUCCGAACUUGUCUCUUAGCGCUUACACUCACCGGAACCUAACUGCAAGGUAGCAGUGGCAAAAGGAAACAUAUUUAGUGGUGUUUUACGACCACCAUGCCAAACUGCCAACCUCAGACUGCAGCAUUUUAUAGCACAGUAAGUAUUAUGUCAGACGCCAACCGUGCACGUUCCUGUAUCACACCUCCCGCCGGUCCGCGCUUUCAUACCCAUGGGACAGUAAGUACAUAUCUUGCCUAUCGCCUUCACUGCAGGUCAUUCCACUGUCCACCAUCUCUGAACGUUCCGGGUUGUCAGCAUCUUGUUGACGGUCAGACCUGCUUCCCAUCCGGAUUAUCCAAACAGUCGUAGUUCACCUCUCGUCUCUUGCCUGUACCUUAUUGAUUUUUGUUGGGCAUUGACUCAGCAGAGUGUUGCGGGGUUUCUAUUUCAAAAAUCAUUAUCGGGUCCUCACUUUUUAUUGCAGUCAAAUACCAAUCAGCCCCUGCCAUACUCUGUUCCUCUGAGCCAGCGGUCGUCCCCUGGGACUUCGACCAACCUCGACCAAGUCUCGUCUAUCUCUUACGCCCACGCGAACCUUCAGCAGUCAUCAGCCGCCCUUAACAAGCGCCAGUCUGUCUCGUCCUACGAGCUUGGUUCUAUCAGCUCUGCAGCCUCCACCAGUUCUAAUUCGGGCGUCCUCGAGUCCCUGCUCUCAGGCUAUGUGGAUUGUCGACUGACCUCUCCUACGUUUCGCGGCGGUAGCAGCACCACCAUCCGUCAAAGGAACGCCUCGGAGGCCUGUACGACCAAGCGAGACUACGGAGCCUGCGUCGGCUGGCCUUCGCCCCCGGCCUCAGGUCGCAGUUCGACCGCCAGCCUAUUGACUCCAAAAACUCCUAAUGUGCAGCCCUACAACAGCAGCUCAUCUAUCAAGUCACUUGUCUUCGAUUUCAGCUCGGAGCCUCACUCCCCUUUUGCUGAAAGCUCAGCCCCCAUGACUGCUGCUUCCGCCUCUUACCAUUCAGGUGACGGCACCGUUCACAACCUCUCAGGCAGUCCGUUGGACCAGGAACUAACCACACCCAACUCUUCCCCCUGUGUCUGCGGUCCGGGAAGAAGCAGUCUUCUUGUGGUGAGUUACGUCGAAGCGUCGAUCGCACGCUUUCCCCCCUCCGUGACAGUACUCUAAUAAAUCAGAAUAGUUCGUGCCAGCCCCUCCUGUGAUCACAAGACCGCGCGGCUACACGAUAUGCAGCCCAAUAUUUCACGUUUGUGAACCAUAUUCGAUUAUACGUCAGACACUUGACAUAGUCUGCAAUUUAUUCUAACGACAAAAGAGAAAUGGGGAACUCACACAGGUAGAAAAAUUUAUCUACCAGACGAAAUCAAGCCGUCACCCCCCUCCCCGAGCUAUCGAUUCUCUCGCAGCAACCGUCUUCUGACAAUGUAAGGUCUCUAUUUGUUUUUAUGUCAAAUACUGCCUCGUAUGUACACUUUCUGACUCACGACACCUGAGGCACGAUCGUUCCAGGCCGUACCGAUGUUUGGCACUCAAGAGACGGCUUUUUGUCGACUCAGCCACUGCGCUCCGUCCAAUCUUCAGUCGAAUUAGCUCUAACUAACAACUGAUACAAAUUUAAAAGGAUGUAGUGGUCAAUAAUCCUGCUACGCAAAUUUUUUGUACCACUUGAUUUGACGCGCCUCUGAACCAUUGGCAUGUCAGCAGUAGUGUCUUAGGUUGUCGACCAACGGCAUACCUCAGUCAUCGGGACCGAAGGUCAGGUUGUAAUCGCUCUUAAUACGUCCUCAUGGCAAUUCUCACAGGUGUGAGCUUCGCGUGGUGUCGGCCUCGCAUGUGUUCAGGGACUAACACGCGCACUACGUGCGUAGGCGAGUACUUUAUACCUAGUAAAUUAGCACUUCCUGUAAAUUUCGCGUAGAGGUAGCGAGGUUGACAGUGUACCAGUUUUCGCUAAAAUCCGAACCACACUCAAGUGGCUGCUGCCUCUCCGGAUGCGAUAGAGGAACAAUUAUUCUCUGAUGCCAUGGAGUCCCGAACGGCUUGUGCGCUCUUGUUUUCAAGUCCGCGUAGAAGGCAGGUAAAGCUUGCCACCAAGUCCCAUGUUGCUUAAUGCGUACUUUUUCUGCCACAGCAAUUCCUGCUGCUCACCAUUUUGUUUUAACUUUCUAGCGCCUCCUUCACAACGACCUCACCGACCCACCCCCUCCGACCACUCAACCAAGUGCGAACAAAAACGACUUGGUAAGUGGUUUCGUUGAUGCCUGUCUUCCCUGUCGUGUUUCAGCAUCGUGUUAGUGGAGCUUCUCAAUUGCCGUUGUUGGCAUUUUGUGUGACAAGCAACCCCUGUUAUGCACAGGUAUGUAGUCUUCUGUCCCGAGUCGCUGCCCAGACCGAAAUUCCUAGAAGUACUUCUCCACUUGAUCUACUUUCCUCUCUAACGCUGGUGAUUUUUACUGAUCAUCUUGUAAGACAUCCACUUUCAAUUUUCGGCUCGAUAUCAACCCGAUCGCCAGACCGAACUUGAGGGUAUAAUCACCUUCUCGUAUUUCAACAUAUAAUGGAUAUUCGGGAUUCGACUGAGGGGCAAGAUACUCACCGGUAAAGGGGCGCUCACCGAUCGUUCUUACGGAACUCUCUCUUUCCGUUGUGCUUUACGGGCUCUCUCUCGAGUCCAACCAGCAGCCACGCAGCGGCGCAUGAUAUAGGCAGAGUGGCAUUACCGACAAAGACAAGGGAGACUGGAAUGGCCAUUUCUGGCUUAGUAGCCGUCGUCAACCAGUCAUACCCAACCCCGAAGUGUAUGACACCAUCGUAUAUUCCCAGUCGAAACCGACAGGACAACGGCCCCGUGAUCCAGUGGAUAGAGUCAUUGGACUUCUAGCUAACAGGUCGCGAUUUCGAGCCUCGGGUGUUCCACACUUCGGGGUUGGGUGUGACUGGCUGACGACGGCUAAUAAGACUGAAAUGGCCAUUCCAAUCCCCCUUGUCUUUGUCGGUAAUGCCAUUCUUCCCAAGAUUUUCAUCGCUAUAAACAACGGCAUGACGCCUUAGAAAAUAUUCUGUGAAUGAGGAAGGCGGUCGAGUUAGGGCGAAUGCAAAUGCUAACUUCGUGAGAAAACUUCCAUAUAUUGCCUCCUGCGCACAAGGGCAUUAUAAGCUGCGAAAAAUUAGUCUACCUGAUUCAGUUUCUAAGGCAUUGACUGACGUUGCGAGUCAGACCAGACAAUUUACAUUGCGACCCAAAAUGCUUUAGACAACUGAAUCAAAGCUUUGAUUUAACGAUGGUUCCGCAUUUCACAUGCACCUGUAGCUUUUCAUUAACUUAUUCUUGGUCUUCUGUCCUGCUACUGUGCUUCAAUGGCGUGGUCCCCCUCCUCUGUCGUCUAGACACCAACGUGUCGUUCCUCACUGGCCCACCUCCUACUUCAUGGGGUGCCCCCAGUUGCAUCACUGGCUUCCUCGAAGGUGGUCACCUGCUCAGCUGACCUUCCGCUAAAAGGAGCAUCAACGAAUUCUGUUGUAAAGAGCGAGCCGCACACAUCCUUCAAGUCAAGCUCGCCCGUCAACUGCUUUGGUCAGCAACCUGCCUCCCCCUGCGUCCGCGACCAACUUCAGCGUACACCUUAUGCCGAACAUACGCAGUCCCCUGUUUGUGCACAAUACGCCGCUCCACCCCCUCUACCUGAGUACGGGGCAUCUACAGCCCUCGGAAACCGUGAGUUUUCCUUUCAAUUCCAGCUAUCUCAUAUUCGCCGCGUCUGUCGCUCGCCGUACGACUGCCCUAGCUGGGAGGUCAAAGGCCAGUUUAAACACCUGUGUUACCUUCUGAAGCCAGACCGGAUAGGUAAAUACGCCAGCAGGAUAUCCGUCUACAGACUCCAGUAUACGCAUGAUAAGCCUUCAAACUAGCCUACUUAUCACUCCGACCAGUGGGGGCUCCACGAGCGCCACCUAUAUCGCGAAGCGCCGUAUGCUCAAACUUACGCAAUAUGGAAGAAUUUUAGCGAUUCAGUGAAUGAGACGAGUCUAACCACACCUGUCCGCCUUUUUGACCGACCACCACGAUGGUAGCGGUGUGGACUCGAACAACAAUUCGAUGAAGUGACGUCGCGGACAAGCUCCAUUCAGUGUCCUCGAAGUUUGUAACCAAAUAAUCUGGACGACAACUCUAUCGCAACGCCAGCAGGUGUCGCUAUUUGGCGAUGGAGUUCAAUAUUUGAGUUACUGUUCAUCUGCUGAGGCCGUAGUAUUCUCCAUACGCACCAGUUGUCAAUCGGCAGGACCUUCCUCGGACCAGCAGCACGCAAUGGCUUUGCCUCACAGCCACACAGUAGGACGGUUUUGACCACAGCCUCAUGCAUAGGAAACUUUGUGUUCUGCUUAACCACACACCGAGACCACAGACAUCUUUAGAACAGACAAGGUGUACUCAACGGUUUAUCUCCCAUUGACACUAGUCAGUCGGACAUUUUCUGUCGUACUAAGCCCUCGUUCCGUCUAGGAGGAUAGGGGUAGCCGUUUGUGAUGAGAGACUUUAGUUUUCCCAUCAUCCAUUCGGAAACUGAGUGUGACGAAUUUAAGGACUUUUCGGCUAAAGGCAGAUUGCGUCUCCUCGGACACAUUUCCAAGAAAGGUAAUACCGUCAGUAUACUCAAGGUACGAGACGAGGUUUUGCUCUACCCGGACUCCUUCGUAGUCCUUGAGUACUGUCGACAGACUCGAGUCUGUCGUACACUUAAAGUGGACCUGCUGAUAGUGAAGUGCUCGCCCUCGUCGCCAGCCGAACUUUUAUGCGCUUGACUUAUUAGUAUUCCCUGACCAACUUCGCGAAUUUCGGGAUCAUGCCAUCAGCCCUCAGGGCUUUCCGGAGAGCGCACCUCGGUUUGGCGGGUGGAAUUCCGCGGAAAGUCAGGAGAACAGGCGAGCGUCUUCUGUGGGAGACAAAGUCGCUUUUCCAGGAUCCUUCGCAUGGUGAUUAUUCGGUCCAUCGAUUAAGUUGAUGACGCUGUAUUUUUGACAUUCAAUUGGCCAUUCGUUCAGAAUAGUCCCACUUUAAGUACUGGUACUUGGUUUAUCAGGCCCCAACCUUUUCUUCUGACCACUCUUAUGUCCCGCCUUUUCCUUUGACACAAGACUGGAACUCUUCUACUGGUGUGUUAUCAAAUUUCUAGGCUGGCAGGGGUCCAAGUGUCGCAAGAUCACCGUUUAUUCACAUUAAAGUAACUAAUCUCGUGUUUAUCGGCGCCCCUGUAAUAUAACCGGUCAUCUUUCAGGCUGGCAAGGUGGAUAUUCCCACACCGAGUUAUUGACGCACCACGAAAGAUCUCUGAAGUAACCGUCUUCAUUGGCUGACGUCCCUGACGAUUGUGUCUACUGCCCCUUUUCGAAGACUGGACACGCACAAGGAACUUCAGUUAAUUUAGAUUAAACAUCUCCUCGUGUGAUUUCCUCUUGAAGGCUGCUCCAGCUGAUCUACAUCCACAUGCGCUAAUUGUGACGAGAGAAUAGGUUAAUACGAGAGCAGUUAAUGGCCUGCGUUAUCAAGCCAUCACCCCACCAGUGCAUUUACUAAAUGCUGAUGCAAUUAACGGUCAGCGCAGUAGGGAAUUUCUCGCUGACGCAGCAACUAUCACGCGGCGGACUCGACUCAGGUUGGCAGUCAUUUGCAGGGCAGGCAGGCCGGCCACUCCAGUUGUGGUGCGACCACCUCAGGAGCGAGGGGCUGAUCGAACAGUUGGCGAACAGGAUCGUAUCCUUUGCGGAGACGUUUUUGCUAUCUGUACGUUCCUAGUAUUCAAGAAUAUCCAGUGGACUGUAUCGCUCAAAAAUGUAGUGAAUAAAUGCUGUUUAUCGCUUUCUGUCACAUCCCCAUCGAACUGAAAUAACUCAUGUGUUGCCAUAGUAUAAUCGCCUCCUUGCUGUGCUAUUAUCCCCUUCUUGUUAACGACCCCGAACCUGUGGCCUCCGGUUGCUUCUGAGUCGACUGACGUCAAAAUCACGAGAAGUCCUCCUCUACAUCCUGGGCUAGUCGGUGUAUUAAAUUUUUUAAUUCACUUUUCAGACCCUCUAACUCGACCCUUGUCCGUCAACCCGACUAUAACGCUGUCCUCGCCUUCACCACGGAUUGAAGGGCUCGAGGCGACCGCUAAGACGGAAAACAAUGGCGGAGCUCUUUCUUCCAGUCUCUAUCGCCUCCUGCUUGACUCAAACCCCUGUCCAGAGACUAUUCAGGCGGAAGUGGAGAGUGCGACAGCUCAGGGUUUUGUUACCGCACCUCCGACGCCCGCUUACCCAGUUUUUCCUCCAACCUCGUCUGCUGGUCAGGCUCCACCAACAGAGGAUUCCUUUCGACUCAGGGGUGAUGAUGAUUUGUGGGACUUGCUGGACGACCCUCUCAUGUCCUCCUUCCUGAUGGAUGGUGAUGCCUCGCGUCCCAAAUCCCUGGAUCCACCCGCGAAGAUGUUUCCCGAGGCCUUAACUCUUGCCGCCACCACCGUUGCCGCCUCAUCCAGGUCUAAUGAGAGCGUCCAUCUGUCACCAGUGCCUCUUCCUGAUUCGUACUCGGCGGAAAUGCCAAUGACCAAACGCGCACGCUACUCCUCAGAGUCGGCCACCUGCGAUUUUACGGCACAACCACGGGGCUCUGAUCCCCUCACACAGCAGCUCUCGCCAAAACAGCAGACCCUGCUUUCACCCUGUUUGCAGCCAGAACCCGUUCAAACCUCAUCACUCAGUUCUCCUGAGUCACGUCAGCGACCAGAUGUUGUGAAGCACAUACAUCAGAAUUGGCCACAGCCUCGAUCUGGAAAUGGGUUUGCCAACCCGAAUACCUAUACACCUCCGUCGGCUGCAGGUAAGAGCUACCGACACUUAGGCCCUUCUUCUCUACUUCGUUAUUUCUCUUAGCAUAUUCCGUCGAUUUCAUGCAGAUAGCGAUACUAACCAGGAAGUGGACCAUCCGAGAAAGGGGGAGAUUUGAUUCCUCCGUACGUGUCCAAUUGACAGACAGCGUCUGGAAGUUCAGGUGGUUUACUGGUCUUUGGCAAGUCGAGCGGAGUUCUCUGCACCAUUCGGCAGGAAUAUUGUGACCAACGACGUUUGCAGUAGUUGCUUUGGGAUCAGAACGUUCGCCACAAAAUCAGAAAAUCCCCCCCCCCCCCGGAUUUGUUUCGCAUCAUAGUUAUUUCAUGUAAGGUUGUUAUUAGGCUCCCCCAACUGGAAGCACACCUAGCUCCCAUACUAUAGCCUGAAUUUCUGCAUCUUCCCCUUCGAACAACUCAUCGAAAGUACCUCUGAAUUUUUGGUUAGUAUCUCGGAGUUACGCCACUGAUGAGAGCUUUGCCCAUUCCCCUGCACUUAUCUACUUGAUUGUCCGUCUGACGUCUCUAGAGGUCUCUGGUACUUAGGCGGUAGUCAGAUGCAGGGCAUAGUAGACUCCCUGCUUGCCUGUCCACUUUCGGACAGUUUAGCGCUUGACUUCUACCGUUCGCAUGGCUCAAAUGACCCUGUCUAUGCUCUAACAGGAGCACAACAACGGCUCCCACCAGUUUUUACCGCAGGGGGUCCAACUUGGAAGGAGGCAUGAUACUGACAGUCUGAAUGAUUCCGCCACUGUCGCGGACUUCCAUAUGGUUGCCUUCAACCACUUCGCCACAAUGGCACUGUAAACUACCGUCUCCACAAUCACAAGAAGAGAUCCGAAGCGCGUGUGGGUGAUGGGGAGAGUGGCUUACUUAGCAUCCGUCAUGACCGCAGUAUUGCAUCUCCUCUUUUCAAGUGUGCUGUAGACUGCCCUCCAUUACACACUAGCGGACCUCUGGGCAGUAACCAAUGAAUUAUGCGCGUUGACUACGCCGGCAAGAUUGCGGUGCUGACGGGGUCCCUUGUAGAAAUGCAGCCUGCGGGGCCUCAGAUUGAUGCGAAUGCGGGUGAAGUAGGCUUGAAAAUGGAUUCCUUUAGGAUGAAGUGAAUGACCUGGGAGUUCUUCGGUCGGCAAUGUCUGUUGGGUGUGAAUAGAUAGUCCAUCUCGUGGACUGAUGCGUGUCCCUUGUUAUUUUGGGGCGGUGUUUUUGCACAGUGGGUUGGGUGAAUGUGAAAUCGCCCAUGUUAUCAACCGGGAGCGCAUGGCCUUUUCCCCACUUGGCCCAGACCUCUGGAUUUGCUGUGAGGUCAUUCAGAGAAGGAAGCUGUGAGUGCCUGGUGCCUUCGCGAAGGCAACCCUUCUGCAAGGGUGUUAGAUAUGGUCUGGACUCUUGGAAGACAACUGUUGCUUCUCUGUAGAGCAUUUCUUCUGUUGGUCUGGAUUUCUUCUCGCAAAUCCAUUAUUCAUACUUGCCGAACAGACUGGGUCUGCCGUGUGCUUUGUCCCCUCCACCAGGCGAUUUCUUGAAAGUGACACCGAUGUCGCAAAUCCGGUCGGGAUUGGGCAUUAUGAAAGUUUAUCCCCGUCACGUGCGAAGUCCCCUGAUCUUCGGUGUUAUUGCCUGGUCUCUUACAUGACCUAUUUUCGCUUGGAGGUCGGCCGUCUACCGACUACAGUGGAGGCCAGUCGUUUGUUACCCAGUUAAUAAUCGAGUACUUGGAGCUGAAUUUGUCGAUAGCGCCGAAUACUAAAAGUAGCACUAAUAGAUUUUUCUCCAGCGGAGCAUUGUUGCGUAAAUGUCUUAGCAGUAUUUCGAGUGCCCUUGCUGAUAACAAUCCUCUUGCAUAACUCCGAUGCGGUUUUAUGCCUUUGCUCUCCCCCCAUGAAGUACCUGGUUGCAACUUCUGUCGUAAGCUUAUGCCAUCGCAAUUGAUGGGGUCGGGUGAAAUUCAACGCAGCCGGCCAGGCGGAAAUACGAUCAUUGCCUUGAUUUAAAUCUCGUUGUCAACACAACGCGACCUAAAAUUUGCAAAUCACAUCUCAGAAGAUUGUGCGGUGCGGUUCUUAUCAGUUUCUUAUCGGUACUUUAAAAUGCAUCUUAUUUGGCAAUGAAUUGCAUUUAGAACACUAGUUAAGUCUAAUUUUGAAGCAACUAAGAUUCAUUCCUUUUUCUAAAGUCUUCUUCUUACCUUAAGUUGAAAGUUCGAUCACAUUUUAAGACGAAGGCGCAGUUUCAUUUAUCAACAUGCAGUUCGUGACCUAUCUCAUGAAAGGUCACAAACUGCGGACUAAAAAUCGCCGUAGCGCACAAACGGCCCAUCCCGCAUCCACGAAUGUUAUAUUGCUUUAAAGAUAAAACAGAAAUUCAAAACAAGACACAAUUUGGUUUAUACAGUAUUACUUAUUGACUAAGAACUAAUUUAUUUUACGAAAACCCACCUAGUCAAAAAGUGCCUUUGUGACAGGUAAAUUAUUUAAGGCCUAAAUAACUGCCGGCAGAGAAGGAACGUGGCAAAAACAGUAACAAAUAAAAUGCAUUACUACUUUGUCGACUGUCCUUUGGCCUUGAAAGUUGCUGUAAGCCGGGGGGGGGCAUUGAGACUACUAAGUUGUCUAUGGUGGUCUAGUCUAUAUAAUUUUGAAGCACAAAAUCCAACUUUUGCCUCAUUGAAAGAUGUCUUCGUGCCUUGUCUCAUUUCCGUUUGUUUAAUGCAAGAAGAUUUUCGCCAGAUUCAGGUCCGGGCCAUUGACGGGAAUAAAAAUACUUCGAAGAUCGCGGGCAGAGAGGCUGACUAUGGUCUAAAAUAUUAGAUUAUAGUUGUAAGCUGAAUUGGAAUCAUACUCCUUUUGAGCAGUGAACUGAGGCUUUAUCCUGCAACAUUACGGUGUCCAUUCGACGUCGAUGAGUGUCGUUAUAACCGAAGGCAUCCUUAUCGAUGUUGAUGAAAACCUUGCUAUUCUUCGUCUUCGUUGUUCAACGCCAGAUUGGCCACUCUCCGGGUUCGAUGGCUAUCCAAGCCAUUAGGCUUCGACAGUUCUUGAAAGUUGGUGUGGAUACAGUGUUCCCUCGUGGAUAGCUCUUCCCACACAUGACUACCUAGGCCGACUUCGAGGGCUUGUCAAAAAAUACCACCUCAUCACAAAAGUAAAUGCUUUUCCAUUUUGGAAGUCUGUGACUGAUAUAUUUUUGAGCGAACAAAAAACGUUUCUAAUAAAUUUCCAAAUUAAAAAGUGGCAUUGUCAUGGCGUUUUGCUGACGGAGGUUGGACUGUUUCAUCCUUUUUCUAAUUAUGCGCAAAGGAAACAUUGACAGGUGUUCCCUGGGCAUAGCCGUAAGGGACGUAUAAUGAUACUUGCUAGUGCUCGACUAAUGAAAUCAUUGUCUUGCUUACAUGUGGACCAUUUUGAUCCACCUUGCUUAUCAUAGGGCGACCUAGCCAAUUAUGAAAAUACUAGCUAACGACACGCGCGGCUGCCUCGCAACUUAGGGUAGCGGUGGCAGGGUCAUCCUAUUUUCUAGCGACCAUUGUUCCCUAUGGACCUCUGACCGUUCUGGGACAUAUCUUUUUGUAAGUGGAAGUGGGCUGUUCGUUUGGAAGCCCGUCACAUCCUGUUGAGGACGUUGUAGUAAGAUUUAUACUCGGAUUCCGUCUGCGUAGUUUGAGGAUUCAUGUGAAGACCUUAAUUACCCCUUUGAGUCUACGUGGGUUUAAAUUGGCCUUGGGAGCCAAGUACAAUUGUAAACCCCAAACUCUCGAAGAUGUUUCCUUAACCGAAGGCAUAAUACUUGCGAGUAUCUUCUGCUUAGAUAUGACAGUCCUGUUCUAUGGUCCGCCUGGUAGGCAGGAUGUUUUUUGGUUGCCCAGUCUCAUCUACUGUUCUUAUUUCUGGCUUAAUUUUUUGUGAUUAUUCUUUACAGCGACCGAACGCAACCGCGCCGCUGCAGCUGCAGCUGCCGCCAAAAUCGCCCAAGAAGCAGCCAAUCAACAGCGAAACUCUAGUACUCAAUGGCGAUUGGCUGAAGAGAAAAAGGUGAGGGAUCUAAAGUGUUUUAAUCAUAGUCCUUGCAUUCAUUCUGCGAAUAAUAUUUGUAGGUUGUACUUCGUACGUACUGAUUGCUUGUGUGACCGCCUGCGGUGAGUUUACUGCAGCACCGCAAGGCUGUAGCGGCCGAAGACGUUGAGGAGGACAAACGUUUAAAUAAGUUACUCAGAAUAGUUUUCCGUCUGUGGGAGCGCUGAACACGGUCGUUCAGCGCCGCACCAGACUCAGAAAUAGGGACUUCGGAAGAAAAGGGAGCGAGAUCGCAGUUGGUAGCCAGGACUAGGGAAGCGGACGGCGACCUCAACCCUACUUCUAACCUCAACCCUAACCCUAACCUCAACCUUGAACGUUAUCCGUUAACCUUACCGGCAACCCUAAACCAAACCGAAAUCGUAAACGCAACCGUAGCCCUUAGACAUAGCCGUAACUGGAAAACCUAACCGUAAUACUGAAACCUAAUCGUGCGCUCAAACCCCAACCGUAACCCAAAAACCUAAGCCUAAAGGUAUAACCCUAACCCGAAAAUCGGAAACAAUUAACCGGUACCUUAGUCCUAACCUCAGGCGUAAAACGGAAGCCAAAUGGGUCAGAUGUGAAUAUGGAACCCCACAAAAUAGCCGCAGUAAACAAAAUCCCAGUCACCCGUAAUACGUUGCCUGGCUACCAACUGCGAUCUAGCCGAAAAGGGCAAGUUUUACUACAGUUAAUAUGCAAGUUAAAACGUAAAAGAUGUCAAACAAUACAAGAGGAAUUGCGUCUCACGCCCAACUGAUCCACCUGGAGUGGACGCGGGAGUGGUUCCGACAUGUCUGCCAGACUUCCGAUGGGGAGCACAGCGUUGUGGGCAACUGCAGGGGGCGCGUGGAGGUGUGCUAACGACAGAGGGUGCUAACGGCUGGCGACAGCAGCAGCAGUAAGGACGGGACACCGCCAUUUUCCCCGGCACUCAGUCACACCCGUUCUAUCGUCUAUCCCCGGGUAAAGUGUUUUCAGUCGACCUGCGUCAGAUCUGUGGUGCCUUGCAAAGCUAAACGGAAUGCUUGUCGUGCAAUCAGACCAGGCGGGUGAACGCCACCCUUCACUUGACUUAGACUAGCCUAGAUCAUAAUCCACAAAGGCUGAACCCGUGUAUCAACUAGUACGACGUUCGACUUAUGAACACACCUGGAUUCAACCUUUGACUUUUAGUAACGCGCCUCUGGAGUUUAGCCGAUUGAAGGCGGCAAACAAGUCGGUGGGCAACACUUGGCGAUUGCAAACUUGUUGGUCGAUUCGGCGAAGUUGUCUUUUUGUGCGCUUUUAUCCACGCCUCAAUAAACGCGUGGAAUCACAGCAGGCGUUAAUGGCAUCCGCUCACACAAUCGGAAUUUCAGCGACUAAUAGUUGGUGGAUUUCCCCGAAAGACAGAAUCUAAUUUCCCAACUCUCUUUCGCGCUCGUUAGUUCUCAAGUCACGCGGGCGGUCAUCAUUUCGGGUUAUCUGAAGUCCGUCAUUAUCACUCACUGCCCAUGAAAUCCCUACAAAAUCAUCCCUGAGGCGUUAGUCGGCCAGCUUGAGUCAACAUGAAGUAUUACUUUUUUUGUGCGGCCGUCUGGUGUAAUCCUGAUAGUUCAGCCAGUGGAUCACCUUAUCACCAGCUAUAGGAGGUCGGUGUUUUGGUCCAUCCUCACAGCAAAGCUUCUUGUCUCUUCUCCACUUCCCCGAGAAACAAAACCCCAUAUGCGCACUUUCUCUUUUCGUCGUAAUAGCGCCUAUUGCGGCUCCAGAAAAACUGUCUGCUGAUGAACUCCGGGCGUGCGGGCAACCACAGUUUGCCAACUCAGUCGCCUCUUCCAUCCUCUGGUUCUGGCGGCUUCGACCAGCUGUCUUGCCCAAUUCCUGGUGCUGCUGCUUCGCCCUGCCCCCUGCCCCUGGAAGAUUUCACCAAAAAGCUGAAGGAGAUUGCGCCCAACGUUAACGUCCAGAAGACGCCGGCUAUCAGCUGCCCCUCUUUCCUUCUUGAAGACUCACAAACUGUAAGCUCAUUCUCCUUUGUGCCCUUUUCUCUCUCUCUCUCUCUCUCGUUUUACCAUUGGUAUUGUGGAUGCACUGAGCUCUUUCCUCACAUAUCAACAGCUUUCCCAGUCCAAAUUUCACGACAAUGCCUACCACUUGAACUCUGCCAGCUGCGAGUACUCAGAUUCCUAUCGUGGUUGUGGUGGAGAUCCCAUGGGUAAUCGGCCCCUUUCGGCAUCCCAGUACGACUUUCCGCCCGAACCACUGGAGUACAGCCCUCGCCGAUCACCUGUCAGUGGAGCACAACCUCAAUCACUUACACAGACACUGCCUCAACCGGACCUCCUGAAACCGCCGCCCGCAGAUGUCCGACAUUUGUCAGGAGGUAUUGAUAACAGUCUCCUCCCCCGUCACCAACACAGCUGCCAUUCGGUCGUAACAAGGACCUACGCCCCACCGCCGGCCUACCCCUCAACCGCGCUGCCCUUCGAUGAGCCUCGCGCCAUGCAAGACAACUCCCUCCUCCGAAGGCCCUCAAGGAUGAAUCAAGCUUCGACUAGUAACCAAAUGGACCAGUACGAGUUGAAGAUCGAUCCACACGUUUCUGCCGUCUCGGUGGCGGCGGCAUCGACGACUGCAGCGGCAACGAUCGUGAAUGCACCAAAUAAUCGACAGUAAGCAAGCCCAUCUCGCACUUGACCCUUCACUCAAGCUGUAAUUAAGUUCCGCAUAGUAUUCUCGAUUUUGAAAGAGGAGCCUUUAUUAUAAUCCACACUUUCAGCGAUUAUACAACCGGUGUUUUCUUCCACAGUUUAGAAUAGCAUUGUUGUAGUCAUACAUUAUUUCAGUUGCUACCAGUGAGGGUCCAUUUCAAGAGAUGCUAAUCAAUAUACUGCCAUGCGUAGGUUUAUAGACUGACAUUUCCACAAAUUCAAACCGCUAUUUCUUACACCACCACAGCAUUUGAGCCUUAAAGCUGUAGUAUUUGUGUUUGUCAUCUUCACUUAUCGUUACCGGGACGAUCUUGCUUCCCUCCGGCAGGUUUUUGCGUUAGCGUGUUAACUUGGCACCGAUGUGUAAUUGCUCUCCGGCGAGUUUUAACGCUUACUCACUCCAAUAUCGCCAAAUCUGUACUUAUAUUGACGCUAAUUUAGUUAUUCCACUUUUUCCCCAUUUGAACCAUUUUUUCCAGCCUCUGAUCCUUGACCUUACGUAGACGCGCUCUGGGGGGCGUUUCUCCCCACCAAGGCACCCGGCUCGCAAUUCAGACAUUACACUCGCGUCUUACUGACUAUACCGACACCAGUUCGUACAUAGUUUAGCCCUUAUCAUUGUGACUGCUUGGUGUACUUCUUGCCGUGCUAUUUCUACCCUUACCUAACCAUUUCGCAUGUUUGCUGAGAUUUUUGCAUCACCUCCUGACCCUGCUGCAUUGCUCACUGCGAGCCUUGUCAGCUAUUCGUCGUGGCAGGGAGCUAAUGUAGACAGGCUUUCCACUUCGACACCCCAGUCAGAUCUCUCAUGAUCAGCGUCGUAUCAGCCACGUAAUCUCGCACUUGAGACGACCCGCUUUACUGUGGAGCUCGUUUGUGUCUACACCGGCUGAAUUGCGACUCGACAGGCGUAGCAGGUGUGGCAUUGUAACCCAGGAACUGUCUGAUUUCUUGUUUUCUCUGCUCUCCGUCGUACUGGAUAGCGCACAAAAUCGGUGUAUUUAACCCUGCGGGCUUGAAGGGUCGUAGACGCGUUCUAUCUUUGAAGGCCACACAUGCGCAUACACUGGUUCACUCCACGUCUUGUUAGCCGCUCUGUGUUACUGCAGUAAGCAUCCAAAUGAGAACCCGCUGAGCGCUGAAUUGCGACUCGACAGGCGUAGCAGGUGUGGCAAUGUUACCCAGGAACUGUCUGAUUUCCUGCUUUCACUACUUUCCGUCAUACUGGAUAGGCGCACAAAGUCCGUGUGCUUAACCCUGCGGGUUUGAAGGCCCUCAGAACAGACUGGAGUGUUGCCUGGAUCGUAGACGCGUUCUAUCUUUGAAGGCCGCACAUGCGCACACACUGGUUCACUUCACGACCGCAACUUGAGCAGCAUUGUACAGACAAUAGCGUGGUCGUAUCGAUGCUAAACCAGCAUGUCACUGCGUCUUUAUCGAUCUACCUGCCAAAUACGUGCUCUUCAGUCGUCCUCGUGUAUCAUCGUAUGGCAUGUGGACAGUCGUGAUUUGUGCCAAGUUGGACGCCACUCAAAGGGGCAGAACAGGAGAUAAAAGCAGGUAUUCAAGUCAUCUCAGUGUUAAGCACUUUCACUCUCUCACUCAAGCAGAUUAUCGUAUUUCGUAUUUACAUCGCAACCUUCCCACUAAUGCGUGUGUGAAGAGGCAGGUACUUUUUCAAUUGGUGUGCCUUGAGGGCGUUCUUACUGUAGAUAUGUUUGUCUUCGAUCGUCCUCUUAACUUACUGACCCAGUACUUUUUUAUCACCUUGUAGUAAUAUGGUGAAAGCCGAGCUAAGGAUGGUCGUUACCAACAGAUGCCAAAUUUCAGCUGAAACUUCUUCACAGUUCCGAAACGACCCCUCCGGGGUGACUAACAAGAUGAGAAAUAUAAAAACUGCUGUUGGCGUCGGCGGUAUCGAUUCCAAAACCAAUGGCGGCGGAGGCGGUGGUCUUGUUGUUCAUUCACCAAAGCAACACGGACCCAGUACAACGGGCCUUCAGCGCGGUGGCGUUUGUAGGUCAAAUGAUCAGCACCCACACUACCGACCUCGAACAACUGGCGCUCACCCAAUGAUUAGCCCAGACAUACAGUCUGUACCACCGGCACCGCUUCCUUCCCAUCCUUCUGGCCAGCACUACCCUCAGGGAUGUGCUCCUGGCAUCGGAAGCGACGCUAUCGCCUCUCCUGUGGUCUCACCCUACGCUUUUGACGCCUCGCCUUCAGUUACGGACAGCCAAGUCCCAUACCACGCGGGUAACGCUCCUCAUGUCCCCCUCUACGGUACCUCACCGCCUCAACACCUGCAGCAGCAGCAGCAGCAGCAGUCCCACCAAAUGGUGGUUAUGCGCGACAUCAAUCAGAGUGUUCAUGCACUCCCUUCAGAUCUCAUGCCGCAUCCCCAUAAUGAGGAAUCGUGCCUGCGCGAGGCCUGUUCUCCGCAAAUGCCGACACCGACUUUCCAUCAUUCGGCUCUUCCGUCCGUGCUGGGUCAGAGCAUGAAGAACGGUCCCCUCCCAUCAGCAGCCCCACAACUUAGCAGCAGCCCGUCAAUUCAACUGGGUGGUUGCGGAGGGCAGUCGACCCGUCCACUACCACCUGCAGAUAGUGGUUACUCUGACCACAAUUCGCUUCUCCUCGGGUCGGCUUUCUCCAGCGACGUUGAUGAUGUUGUACUUCCUGAGGAUAUAGUAAACGAUGUUUUCGAACGUACGUCUGACAUUUCCUUUGUCAUAUCUGCCUCUUUUCGGCUAAGCAUUAAAACGGUACGGUUUGGAAGAUGUACGAUGAGGUUUUUGUUUACGGGAGGGUCCUUAUUCGCAUACUCUGCUGUCGACUUCACGCUAAAUAAAGUACCUGCAUAGCGUUCCAACAGGAUUCUUUAAAUUCGGUUUUACAUAAAUGGCCCCAUUGGCUUGUUAUGCAAAUGUGUGGAACGUGGUUCCACAUUAAUUUAUUCACAGUUAUGUGCUGGCUUUCCGCUUAAAUUUGAUUAUUUUAAUUGAGACGAAGGACUUAUGAAGUAGAAUUCACAUCCUUGUAUUUUCUACCCUGUUACCUCAAACCAAAGUAUUUUUUUCCCGGUAACAGCCGAUGAAAUCUAUUGCUCCAAGAUGCGCCCAGGAAACCCGCAUUAAAGAAACGGCUCGUCAAUGUAGUGGCUGUGCCUCAUUAAGGCGUAAAAUUUUGCAAAUUUUUGCCUAACCGUUUGUCUACUAUUCCGUUGUUUAAAAAUUCUGUCUACUGCAAUUACCGAAUGUCCCUUCGUUGCGAUGUUGAAAUUGGCGCAAUUUACAGUAGGUGCGCUAUCUCGUUAAAUGUUGACGGGAGCUCUGAAAUAUGUUUUCGGUUCGACUAGAAUUUUUAAGUAGGGUUGUAAUACUAGUUAUCAUACAACAUGGCCCUAAGAUAUAUAAGUUACACCAGAAUUCUGGUUUCUGAAUUAGCCCUCUUUCAGUCGCCUACAGAAACUGCAGCCUGUAAAAAAUGAUAAUUUUAAUAGUAUGACAUUUUUCCCUUGAUUUUCUGUGCUUUUAUAAGUCUAAUUAUAUUCUAUAAAGGACGUGCACAAAAAUGCCCCCUCUUGUGCUCAUUUGAUAGCAAAUUACGUCUUCAAAUUUUCGGUUUUUGAACACUUCAAUUCUCAAAUACUUUUUUUGCUUCACCUGCCGUUUCAUUUGUACUCAGGGUUUCAAAACUACAUGCUGUAUACACUCCGUCAAAGGUAUAUCACAUAUUUCUCGACACUGCUAUGGAGACUUCAUAAAAUUGUACAAUGGAUGGGGACCAGGUUGUGUACUGUAUGAGUAGCACUAGCAAACGUGCUGAUGCGAUGCUGUAUAAGUAAACAUUUCACGGUCUUGAAAAAUGUCUUAAUCAGAAGCCCUUUUAAAACCGAGGUAUACCUCUACUUUGGAUGUAAAAGUUAGCGGAGACGUAAUUUGCUACCAACGGGGCAUGAGUGAAAGUAUUUUUGUGCACGUUCUCUAUGAAAUCUACUUAAACUUAUGAGAACAUGCAAAAUCAACGGGAAAAUUCCCUACUACUUGGGUAGUCAAUUUUUACGGAGUACAGUUUUUCGGGCGGUCGAAAAGAAGCCAAUUAAAGAGCUGGCAUCUUGGUAUGGCUGAAAUAUCUUAGGAUUAUGCUGCGUAGUAAUUAGUAUUACAACCCUACUUAAGUAUUUUUUUACGAGUGGAGAACAUAUCUCGGAAUCUCGGUUAACAUUUCAUGAGAUAGCGUAUCUGCUGUAUGCCCCGAAAACCCGACGGAGCAUAGUAAGUUGUAGCUCUUGUUCAACCAUCUCCUGAAAUCGUUUAAUUAUCUCAAAUGUCCAUUUCAUGAAAACAUGGUUUCCCGUAAAGUGACGAUGCAAACUGAUUUCUUGCAGUUCUGUCUGAACCAGAUUUCCUUUCAUAAACAUCUGAAGAAAGUCGAAAGUGCUGGAAGACUAUUUGAAGAUUCUGUGGUAUUUUCAGUUCCUCCUGUAAACUUAAGUAUGAAGCCACCUACCUCAACUUACUCUAUUCUCUUGAGCGUUUCUUUACGCGGAUUCCGAAGAUCUUUGAAUCACAUUUCAACUGCCACAUAGCCUACAUAUUUCCAUCGGACAUUCCUACUUGGCCCAUUGACAGUUUUAUCAUCAUGAACAGGCCUUCUGUCUCAAGUUUCCGUCCACUAACGGCUUCUCAAACGAGAUCCUGAUCUGCCCCUUAUGUCGACAACAGCAAAUCUCUUGAACCAGAUCGUAAAAACUGUAACGAGUUCAUCGACUCUGGUAAAUAAAAGUCCGCGUUAGGUCGACAAGCACGGAUAACACGCUUUUGUUCACACUCAAAUGAGCCUACCCUGCAGGGUACUCUGAAGAGUAUGCAUCACUUCGGGCAGGUUGCUUUCGAGCGAAGAUUUGUCAAGGGUGGUUGCCGUCAGUGUCAUUACGGCCUAACAGCAGUCGCAGUGGCAAGAUUCUUAAGGCAAUCAAUAUUGUAAUUCCCCGUAGGUCGUUUGUUGUGGACAAAAAUAAUAAUGCCAGCAGCAAUCGGGAGUUCACAAUGACAUUGUCAGCAUCAACCUCACCGUUGGUUCCUGCACUACCCUGUAGACGGAAGUUUACUGCUGAGCCUUCUCAGGCAAGAGUGUGCUCUUUUUAAAUGUUACCACUACCUAAACUUUAGAUGCACAGAUAUCUCCUAGGAUCCUAAAAGCAGAUACUUUUAUCGAAGGACUCCUCAGGGCAGCAAAAUUGAGAAGCCUUCCACCAUCUACUCAAUGGGCUUUUACAACAUAGUGCCCAGAGCCUCACCUCGUAAAUGCGCCACACUUCCCCCUUCUGACAUUUAAAACUUCGCAAUGAUAGUAUAACCCAUGACUGUUGUUUGUAAAUGGACUUAGAAUCCCACUUUCUGAGCAUUCAGCUCUGGGGCGUAUAACACAAUAACUGUGACGUCAGCAGUCACACUAAGGAUAUACACGACUGCCAUUUUUCGGGGAUACCUGUUUCCAUUACACGUGCUCAGGGCGACCAUAACUUCCAGUGACACUGCUGUUGUAGAGAUGGGGACAUUUAUCAGCCCAUGGCGUCUUAACACCGUGAGUCCUGAUCUGGCAGGCGUCCCUCGGGGGAGCAACACAGCGUUCGCGUUGUACUAUGCCGGCGGUUGUACUAUGACCGCUUUCAUGAAAUGGUAACUAAGAUUCUGAAAUGCCUUAUCGAUCAGGAAGGAUUAGUUAAGUGGGGCUGUAAUAUUGACAAUCUUGCGACAUAAUCCCGUGAUACGUCGGACACGCCAAUUUUUGGACUUGUGAAUGCACUUCUGCUCCGUCACCUGCAAGAACCGCACCCGGUAAAAAUGACUACUUAAUUAGCGUAUGUUUUUUCCGUUGAUUUUCGAUGCUCUUGUAAAUUCAAACAUAUUUGGUAGAAAACCUCCAUUUGGUAGCAAAUCAUGCCUUUUUCAAAUCUUGUGCUCGAAGUAAUAGUAUCUUUCGGUUUUAAAAAGUUUACAAUUAUGGAAUUUUCUAAAACCGUUCAAUGUCCAUCUGGAUAGUAUCGUAUCUGUCUGUUUAAUAAUACUCCCCAUUAAAUGUACGACAUAGUCUACAUUCGUUUCAACAUUUUAGUGGCAUAAAGGAAUGUAUGUUUUUGAUUACACGAAAAUAUACAGCUUUAAGACUGGAGACCCUAAGCAAAGAUGCAACGGCACAUUGAGUCCAGAGUUAUUCGGAAAUUGAAAGGCCUUUUUAGAAUGGAAGAGUGCCUUUGAAAUAUAAAAUCUAAAGGAAACACGGGAUGCUACUAAACAAGUACAAUAAAUAAUGUCCUCAUGGUGGCUUUCUCUAAAAUAUGUUUGGAUUUACAAGGGCGUCGAAAAUUGAAGAAAAAGUGCACACUAUUUAAGUAGCCAUUUUUUCUGCGUGUGGUUUUUGCAGGCGGCCGAAAAGGAGUGCAUCCAAAAGCUAAUAUCCCUGCGUAUUCGUAAUAUCACGGGGUUAUGCCACAUGAUGAUCAACAUUACAUUCCCACUUGAUUAAUCCUUCCUAAUCGAAACCACGUAUCAGAAUUUUGGUUAACACUUCAUUCGACUGGUCACUGACAGUGGGUACUGUGUUGCCGUUGCAAGAAUACUUCUUGCGUUUCAGCACUCCAAACGCAUUUCCUUCUGAAGGGAGCAGCUAGCCUAUUUGCCAUUCGGCUCACGAGCAGAGUUUCGAAUGCCUCCUUUUCCGCUGGCGUCUUAGCGGCUAGCGUCGGUAUUUGCGGUCGAAGAACAUGCAUAUCAUGGAAUAUUAAGUGUUUGAUUCAAGUCGAAUUCCCUGAUCUUCUCACUGACCUUUGAAUAGAGAUUCGGCCUGUAACGCAGCGGAGGUAAGAAAACUCACAGACAGCUCUUCGCGUCCUGCCAAUAAUACCGCAGUAGAUCAUUGAUCAGACACCAUCGUACGUGUUUUGCAACCAGCUUUUAUCAAUGGCUGUUUUACUGCCCAUCACCCGCAAUCUGGCUUCAAGUAGUCAGCAGCUAAGCCAACCGCUAGCUCUCGCCUUCCUCAGAAAUCUGUCCUCUCUGGCGUCACAGGUGAAUGAAGUCGUUAAAUCGGUCGGUCUGUCCAUACAAGUUGGGAAGAUCAGUGUUUUCAAGCUCCAUCCCUGAGUUUGACAAGGCAUCCCUCGUUAUUAAUGACGGUCCACUCGAAGAACUAAGUAAUUUCAAAUACCUCGGAGCGAAGUAACUGCCAAAUGGAUAUAGCCUCCCGAAUCGAUGCUGCUCGCAGAAUUUUAACAAUCCAUAGAAAGUGUCAAUGGGUCUGACGCGACAUCUUCAUAAUCACAAAGAUCUGUGUAUACCGGUCACCCCUCCGGCCAGUCCUCCAAUGCCUUUGUAAGUACCGGGCAGUGUGCGUCCGAGGUGACCGAAACUGAAGGCGUUUAUGCGCUGUCUGAACGCAAUCCUUUGAGUGAACUACGUCGACUUUCUUUCAGUUGAGACAGUUCGCACUCGGUGCAACAACAUCGCGAAGAUAAUUUGGACCAUCCAAGAAGGGCGACUGAGGUGGUUUGGGUAUUUUCUUCGUCGUCUGUCUCAUGGAUUCAGUGUUGCUACUCUUUAUCCGGCGCUGUUGCCCACCUGGAGGCGUCGAAUAUGAGACGAACUCAAAAUCUGGCUGGACACAGCUCGUCAGAACAUGAAAGUAGUGUUUGGACCUUCUGUGUUCGACUUCGGUGGAGGAAUGGGUCGAGCUUUCCAAAUCCACUACCACGGAUUGUCACGCUUCGAGGCCGGCCAGACCAGACAUGAUCGAAACUGUAAUGAGUUCACUUAGGAAGUAUCCUAAGUGGGAACACGUAUUUACAUGGUUGAAUGAAUACGAAACACGAUUAUAGGAAGAAUGAUAUCCUUGCAGUGGGCCCAUGCACUUACUGUCACCUUAUUUUUCGUGUAUUACUACUCACAUUAAUUCCCCAGAGUUGCUGAUCAAAAAUCUGCACAUAUGUUGAGCUACGCCAUUUCACCAGUUAGACAGUACCGUUAAUUUUCGAGAAGUCUUCCGCCGAACCACAUCGUAAUUCGGUUUUUAUAUGCGACAAAUCAGAAGCGCUAAACUUUCCACGAUGUAACCUGGACCUUAUGGUCUCGCAUUUACUCAUGCAUGAUCUUUCUUUGUGUUUGCAGUGGAGAAGCUGUCGCGUCUCGCCUGA